AUGGCGGAUCGGACUGCUCCGCGUUGCCAACUGAGAUUAGAAUGGAUCUACGGGUACAGGGGGCAUCAAUGCCGAAACAACCUGUACUACACCGCUGGAAAAGAAGUGGUCUAUUUCGUGGCUGGAGUCGGCGUGGUUUACAAUACCAGAGAACACACUCAGAAGUUUUACCUGGGCCACAACGAUGACAUUAUAAGGUGAGUGUUACUUGGAAUGUAUCUCUUUACCUACAGUCAAAACAACCAACAAGUAUGUGAAUAAAAUGCCCACAAAAUGCGCACAAAUAUGUAUAAUUUCAAAUAAAAAUGUAUUGGUGGCAUAAACAGAUUUGCAGAUAUUAUCGCAGGUACAGCUAAAUGCUUCUAGCUCCAACAGUGCAGUAAUACCAAGCAAUACAAAACAAUACACACAUAAUCCAAAAAGUAAAAAGAAAGAAAUUAAGAAAUAUCAGAAUGAGCAAUGUCAGUGUCCAGAAUUUAAAUAUAGGCCUAUAUAUAUAAUGGUGUGUUUAGACAGUAUGAAUAGAAAAGGUGUGUACAGCAGUAGUUAUAUAGGAGGAUCCAUGACUAGAAUACAGUAUAUACAUAUAAAGUGGAUCAACAGUAUGUAAACAUUAUGAAAGUAACAAGUGUUCAAUUACUCUAUGUACAUAGGGCAGCAGUCUCUAAGGUGUAGGGUAGAGUACGGAGUGGUUGCUAAGUGACUAAGGUUCACAUAGCCAAUCAACUUUGCCAGUCAUCAAAAUCACAUCCACAUUUUAUUUAAUCUGUGGAUCUCAAUGAAUUGCUUAAUUAAAGCAGUAAAUUGAUGCAUGGCAUCACUCCAAUGUUGCUCUGCCCAGUGGCCAUGUGAGCCAUCACUGUGCAGACGUAAUGGGCAGCCUGGCCUGUCCAGAGAGCCUAUAACCCGAGAGAGUCAUUGCAAGAAUUCUAUUCACAGAGAUUGUACUAUUUGUACUAUGACUUUCCUUAGAUCUCUCAUCACGUCUACCUAUGUCAAAACAGCUAUUUCAGUGGACAGCUCCUUGCUUUUUGAGUCAGCAACCAUGAUGAUUUGAAAGCAUGGAGCUGGCCCACAGUUUCUCACGUCAAUAGUUAUUCAAGAGCCAAAAAGGCCCUUAAAAGAUCUUGUCUCCCUUGGAUACCUGCAACUAUGGCAGCAGUGCCCCCUGUAAACGCACACUCUAAAGAGGGGUUGAGGCUGGGGGAUGUGUGAAAUGUAUAGUUCUUGGUUCUGUAUGAAAAUAUAGUAUUUUUAUGAGAGCAUGAGCUGGCAGUGCAGAUGGGGAGCUGGUUGCUCGGCCAACUGUGCUGCGAUUGAGAACAGUGCUGUUUGGGAAUGCUUUGUGACUCAGUUCCUGAUCUUUGUUGUGGUUCAGCGAUAGCAAGCCAAGGUGGUGCCAGCAAACCACAGUAACAACCCAAACACAAACAUGAUAAGACCUGGCCUGUAGUUGUCCUCAGUCAUGCUUGAAACUACAAGGCUGUCUGCAAAGCUACUGUUCAUAGCUAGUCAAUGCAAAGUCCUCCUCAGGUCACAGAGCACAAUCAAACUGGUUGAGGCCUACAGUGCUGGUGAGAUUGUGACACCAAUCCAUCACCAUCUACUUUUGUUACAUUUACAUUUAGUCAUUUAGCAGACACUCUUAUCCAGGGCGACAUACAGGAGCAAUCAGGGUUAAGUGCCUUGCUCAAGGGCACAUCGGCAUAUUUUUCACCUAGUUGGCUCAGGGAUUCUAAAUAGCGACCUUUCGGUUACAGGCCCAACGCUCUUAACCGUUAGGCUACCAGCCUUGUUGAAAGGCUUUUGAAUAGUGCACUGUUAUUUCUCUCCACUCUGUCAGGGAAUCAUUCUACUGCAGGCACUUUUAUCACAGUGGUUGUAUUGAUGGAUUAGGUCUGUAAUUGUGCCAGUCAUAUUAAUUAAUAAAAUCCAUGUUGGGCCUAUAAUUUCUGAAAAAGUCAUUUUCAGUGGACACUCCCUGCUGUUGAACGGUUAUUACAUGUCUUCAUAGCCAGGACUGAAAAAAAAAAGACUACCAUUAAACAUGUGAUUUGUAACACAAUUGGGCCUACUCCCUUUCAGAAAUAUAUAGAUCUAGACAUAGUGGAUUUGUUUAGUGUUAUACUUUUAUUGAAUAGUUCAUUAAAGCUUGUUUAUGCUUGUCACACAUUCUCUAGUCAUACAUGUCAGUCACUCAAUAUUGAGUGCUCCGGAAAACCAUGGAAACAACCAGAACCUGAACUCGGGGAGACCCCAUUGCAUGAUCAAUGGAUGUGAUUAAUUAUAACGUCCAGUAUACAGAUCGGCUUCAUCUACACAGAAGUGUUGGUACCUUUCUCAUGUUUCGGAAAGAGCUGGAAAGCCUAUUUCCAUGUACCAUGUUAAAUAUGCUACUUCGUGUUAUUUCUAUGUAGCCUAAAAUACUGUAAGUUUGAUCUCAAAAUCGGUGAGUGGUAUACAAGUAUUGCAGAUUUGUCCAAACAACAACACAAUUAGCACCUAGCAUCAAUAAGUCUACCUUCAAGUUGAGCUACCCAUUUACCCAAUGUCGCCAUGCAUCAAUAAAUUGCAGUGUGUAGUUGUAAUGUGAUUACAGCAUGUAGCCUUAUAGCAUAUUGCAUUAUAUACUCUGGACUGGCUUGGCUUUGUCACAAGGGCCUAUCAGAGCUUGCCCUGUGGUGUGUCAAUGGCCCUUUUCUGGUCUUUUACUACAUGGAUUUUCUGCGCUCUGGACCUUCUUUACUGUUAGGUAAAGAAACAUUUUCAGGUUGUCCUUGGUGUUACUUUUCUAAGACAUCCUCAAGAUCAACAUCCUCUUUAGAAUCAUGGAAUGAGGACCCAGAGUGAGUUAAGAUGUCAUUAAAUCAGACCUACUUUGUGCCACAGCUCCAUGAAGGCUGAAGGGUUUACGCAGUCACAUGUUUCUGGAGUUUGACUCUGUCUUUUUGAAGACAGGCAUGGUGCAGUUAUUCCUCUAGCAUCAUCUCAACAGAGGCAGAAGUCUCCCCACUGACUUUGAUUGCUUUCAACUAUGAAUAUGAAGAGGAAGAGAUAGCAUUGAGCUUAUAUGAUUGACAUGUACAGGUAAAUGAGUGUUAUUAUCCUGUGGGACCAUCGUCUUGAAACUGGCCUUAAUGGCCUUUUAAAUCUCCACCUGGUACAGCCAGAAGAGGACUGGCCACCCCUCGGUGCCUGGUUCCUCUCUAGGUUUCUUCCUAGGUUCCUGCCUUCUAGGGAUUUUUUCCUAGCCCCUGUGCUUCUACAUCUGCAUUGCUUGCUCUGUGGGGUUUUAGGCUGGGUAUCUGUAUAGCACUUUGUGACAACUGCUGAUGUGAAAAGGACAUUAUAAAUUAGAUUUGAUGUAUUGAUUGACUAGUUUGCAUUGAGUGCAUCUGAAAGUGAACUAUAUCAGUCUGUUAAAAAGAUGGCUUGUGGGUGAGGGGUGAUGAGGUUCAGGUAUGUGUGUCCCUGUGUCAUUGUCUAUGUGUGUGCAUGUGCAUGCAGAUGGUGUCUAUAUGCCUGCCUGUGUCUCCACAUAUGUGCAUAUGUGUGUGUCCAUGCAGGCAGAUAAGUGUUUGCAGAGGGAUGGUUAGGGAGUCAUUAUAGGAAUACCAAUCAUGUAGUGCCCGCUCCAUGGCUGAACAUGUACACGUCACAUACACACUCAAUAUCACAGUGCACGUAUCCACACACACACACACACACACACAGCAGGCCUUUAAGGUCGUUUCCUUUUUCCAAUUUGGGCUCAACGUAAUUAUUUCUUGGCGUAGGGCUGCGCUGCUGUCUGUCUGCUGCGUAUUCUAAUUGAAGUUGAAUUGAAGUCUGGUCCUCACACUCUGAUUGGCUACGUGGUCUCAAGUUAACCGCUACCUCAGGACUCUUAUUUUCAAGAGGACACACUCAAGUGUCCUCUAUGAGAGGCUUUAGAAUUACCCAGCCACUUUCAGUCCUAUUUCAGACCUGAUCUCCAUUUCCCCAUGUACCCUUGCAACAAAAUAGUCACAAUUGUAGUUGCCUUUAUCCUAAUCUCUCAUGGACAGACUACGUAAACAUAUCUGACCAAAUACGCCAGAUCUUAGUUCUGGGUUAACCGAGAUUACCUUUACCCUAAUGCUGUGGUAUUGUGUAUGAUGUGACAUAAAGGCACCCAGUGUUGGAUACAUUGAUGGGCACAGUACAAUAUAUAAUCACUUCUAACAACCCCCAUGAAGCCUUGUUAACAAAAUGAUGUAUAAUUACAGUGGUUUUAAGGUCAACUGGUUCUUGAAUGCUCUCCAUCUAAACAGCUGUAUCCUUAAGGUAGCACCAAGGUAUGGAGAUGUAUGCCCUUGGCAGAUACAAAAGGGCAAUCAGAAAAGGGAAGAAAGAAAGCUCUUACUAAACUCACAGGUUCAGUUGUGAGUUCUUAUGUGUCUUUCUGUCUGGAAGUGACUGGUGCUUGUGGCCCCGGCUGGUGUGUUUCACAGUGCCGUACCCUUGGCUGACGUCCCCUGCCUGGACCCGGACGAGCUGUGCCACUGCUUCCUCUCAUGCUCUGGUUCUCUGUCCUCCCUCUGCUGUCCCAUUUCCGUCAGUGCUGCAGGGCAGAACCCAGCUCCGGAUACAUCUGUCACUGCCAGCCAGCCAGGCAGAAGUAGGAAGAACCGGGUCACAACCACACUUUCAUGCUCAGACAAGCAAGUCUUAAAACUAGACCUUUACAGUCUACUGUCACGUUCACACACUCCACAGUCUAGUCUUUGUAAGGUUCUGUAUUCGUUUUCUUAGUUCACCUUGUGUUCUUGUACGUAGCCCUGUUUCUUUGUGUUGUUGAACGUAGCCCUGUCUUUCAUUUUUGUUCAUUGAUUUCACCUGUGUUAGUUACUCACCUGGUCUCAUCAGCUCCUUAUUUAGUUCAGUUAUUUCUGUUUGUGCCUUGUGAGGUAUUGUUCGUUUUGACUCUACUAAGCCUUUUCCUAGCUCGUUUGUGAGAACCAGUUUUAGCCUUCAGUCCUAAUUUUGUUUUCACCUGCCUGUUUGCCUACCUGUGUAUGACCAUUGCCUGCCUGUGACCACGAUUCCUGCCUUCUGCGAAGGCGUAAUAAACACCUGCCGCACUCUGCACAUGAAUCUACACCUUUUUCUCCCUGAGUAUUCAUUACAGAAUACCUCACCAAAAACUGAAUGGAUUCAGUGGAGCUACAGUGGCGCGUAACCCGGCAAGAGGAGCGUAUGGAGGUAAUCUGCCAUCUUCUCCGCCAGCCUAUCCCUCCUCCUCCGAUGCCAGGUAUCGUAACCCAUAGCCCUCCUUCAUUCAUAUCCAUGCCUGGAAAAUAUGAUGGUUCACCUGGGAAAUGUCAGGGAUUUCUGAUGCAAUGCAGCAAAUACAUUGAGCACAACCCCACUAACUUCGCCACCGACAAGAGCAGGGUGGAUUUCGUUGUGUCUCUACUCACAGGCAAAGCCCUGGAUUGGGCCACCGCCAUAUGGACUGCCAACAGCACAGAACUCGGAUCCAAGACCCAUUUCCACACCCUCUUCAAAGAGGUAUUCGAUCACUCUCCUUCCGGUCGUCCUAUAGGGGACCUCCUCAUAGACCUUCAACAAGGACGCAAUUCAGCUGCCGAGUAUGCCCUCGAGUUCCGCACCAUGGCUGCAGGGAGUGGAUGGAGUGAGGCUGCUUUACUUACCGUCUACCGAAGAGGGCUCAACAGGGAACUUCAGGCGGAGCUGGCCUGUAGAGGGGACCUUCAGGAUUUAAAUCAAUACAUUCGUAUGUCCAUCUCCAUCGACCACCUCAUCGCCGACCGCCGAAGAACUCUGCCACCCAGGAACCCGAAACCUUCUCUUUCCAUGAUUCCGUCAUCCCUUCCGAGUCUUCCAGAGCCCAUGCAGUUGGGUCAUACUCCUCUUCCGUGUAUCGAACGUCAAAGGCGGAUCCAAGAAGGGCUCUGCCUAUACUGUGGAGGGAAAUAUCAUCUACUCAGCCAUUGCCCAGUUCGCCCCCCACGGAGAGAUGAGAAGGGUCCCUCUGCUGCCAUGCAGGUAGGUGGGUCAGUAUUUCUAAAUAUCUCCCAGAAGCAAUUCUCCAUCCCAGUAUUGAUAACCGUGAAGGGGGUUAUGAAGUACGUAGAGGGCUUGAUAGAUUCGGGAGCAGCAGGUAGUUUUAUCGAUCACCAGCUAGUACAAGAGCUUGAACAUUGAUCUUACACCUGUCACCCCUCCCUUAAGGAUUAACACCCUGGACGGGCAGCCAUUGGGCAUGGGCUUCAUUACGCACCUGACACAGAACGUUACCCUCCAGAUUGGAGUCUUCCACACCGAAACCAUUCAACUCAUGGAACUCUCAUCCUCCAAACAGCCACUCAGCCUCGGACACCCCUGGCUUUGUCGUCACAACCCUGCCAUCUCGUAGUGACAAGGUGAACUACUGUCCUGGUCUUCUACCUGCUUCACCAGUUGUCUCAGCCUACCCUGCAGAGCCACCACCAUUGAGGACUCUGCCUCUGCAGUGCCACCCACCAUACCAUCUGAAUACGCCCAGUACAGCAAUGUCUUCAGCAAAAUCAAGGCCUCCACUCUGCCACCACAUCGCCCAGGGGACUGUGCUAUUGACUUACUCCCUGGAGUGUCCCCACCGAAGGACUGUGAUAAACCCUAUCUAUCCCAGAAAAUUAGGCAAUGGAGAACUACAUUGAUAAAGCACUCAAACGGUUUCAUUCAUCCUUCUUCUUCCCCGGCUGCGUCCAGCUUCUUCUUCGUUGGAAAAAAGGACGGUGGUCUUCGUCCAUGUAUUGAUUACCGUUCCCUGAAUGACGUUACGGUCAAGAACCUUUUCCCUCUUCCUCUGAUCCCAGUGACCCUUGAACAUGUGGGCCACGCCAACAUCUAUACAAAACUCGACCUGCGGAGUGCAUAUUACCUUAUCCAUAUACGUGAAGGUGACGAAUGGAAGAUGGCCUUUAUCACCGCAUGAGGGCACUAUGAAUACCUGGUCAUGCCCUACGGCCUUACUAACGCCCCCGCCGUCUUCCAAUCCUUUAUGAAUGAGGUUUUCCAAGAUCUGAUCAACCGCUUUUUCAUCGUCUACAUUGAUGACAUCCUCAUUUACUCCCACUCCCUGAAGGAACACAUACAGUAUGUACAAAGGGUUCUUCAACGGCGCCUUGACCAUAACAUUUAUGUGAAGACUGAAAAGAGCACCUUCCAUGUAACCUCAGUAAACUUCCUCGAUUUGGUACUGACACCUGGAGGGGUCAGCAUGGAUGAGAACAAAGUCACCGCCGUCAGUAACUGGCCCAAACCCACCACAGGUAAGGAACUCCAACGUUUCAUUGGGUUUUCCAACUUCUAUCGCCGGUUCAUUCAGAACUUCAGUUCUACUGCCGCUCCCCUCACUGCCCUUACCAGCCAAAAGACCCGGACCCUUCAAUGGACUGAUCCCGCAUUGACUGCUUUCAACACCUUGUAACGUCUCUUCACCUCAGCUCCUGUCCUUCGCCAACCUGAUCCGACCCUUCCUUUCACCCUGGAGGUGGAUGCCUCCGAAGUAGGAGUAGGAGCCAUACUCUCUCAGCGGGUGGGAACACCUCCAAAAUCACAUCCUUGUGCCUUCUUCUCCAGGAAGUUAUCCCCCGCUGAGAGGAAUUACGAGCUGGCCCUCGAGGAGUGGAGCCACUGGUUGGAGGGCGCACAACAUCCCUUUCUCGUCCUAACAGAUCAUCGUAAUCUGGAAUAUAUCAGAGUGGCCAAGAGGUUAAACUCGCUGGGCUCUCUUCUUCACAUGCUUCCAUUUUCAUGUUAUUUACAUCCCUGGAAAGAAAAACGUAAAAGCUGAUGCUCUCUCCCGCCAGUUUGACCUUCUGACCAGUAACUCAGACCCUACACCCAUUCUUCCUUCCUCUUGCAGUAUGGGACCGGUACAGUGGGAGGUUCACUCUGCCAUACAAGAAGCCCUAACCUCAGACCCGGCUCCUCCUGAGACACCAGCUGGGAAGAGUUACGUACCAGCAGCUGUUAGACCCCAACUGAUGUAAUGGUGUCACACGUCUUUGGGGUCAGGACAUCCGGGCAUUACACGAACCGAACUUCUAGCCCGUAAAUUCUGGUGGUCCUCACUGGCAUCCGACAUCAGGGAUUACAUACUCUCCUGUCCAGUCUGCGCCCCCAAACCAAAAGCCCUCGUCAUCUCCCUUCCGGUAAGUUUCAACCUUUGCCAAUCCCUCACAGACCCUGGUCCCACAUAGCUAUUGACUUCAUCACAGACCUUCCUGAAUCCUCUGGGAACACCACCAUCCUUGUCAUAGUAGACCAUUUUUCAAAAAUGUGUAGUCUGGUUCCUCUUCCUCAUUUACCUAACGCCAUUGAGUUGGCUGAGUGUAUGUUCCAACAGGUGUUCCGUCUGUAUGAGAUUCCGGAGGACAUCGUCUCUGACCGCGGGCCCCAGUUUGUCUCCCGGGUGUGGCGAGCCUUCUGUGACCGACUGGGGGUCGCCCUCAGCCUCUCCUCCAGGUACCAUCCCCAGACCAACGGGCAGACGGAACGCCUGAACCAUUCAUCCCUCCGCCUUACUCCGUUUCAGUGUGUCCUUGGUUACCAACCCCCCAUGUUUUCCUGGGAGCCGGAGCCUGGUACUGUCCCAGCUGUCGACGACUGGUUUCGGCAUAGUGAGCGGGCAUGGGAGACCGGCAUCUGCAGGAAGCCUCUAAUACCCAGAAACGCUUUGCCGACAGACGCUGCCGACCUACGCCGCCGACCUACGCCACUCUUUCACCCCGGACAGCGUGUGUGGCUCUCUACCAGAGACAUCCGGCUCCGCCUCCCCUGCAAAAUGUUCUGUCCUCGCUUCAUUGGUCCCUUCAAGAUAACCCAUCGCAUCAACCCUGUCACGUACCGCCUCCAGUUACCCCGUCAGUAUAAAAUCUCCUCGUCCUUCCAUGUGUCUCUGUUAAAACCGGUCACAUACAGUCCUCUUCAUCCUCCAGUCUCAAUCCGCAAGGUUCUGUAUUUGUUUUCUUAGUUCACCUUGUGUUGUUGAACGUAGCCCUGUCUUUCAUUUUUGUUCAUUGAUUUCACCUGUGUUAGUUACUCACCUGGUCUCAUCAGCUCCUUAUUUAGUUCAGUUAUUUCUGUUUGUGCCUUGUGAGGUAUUGUUUGUUUUGACUCUACUAAUCUUUUCCUAGCUCGUUUGUGAGACCAGUUUUAGCCUUCAGUCCUAGUUUUGUUUCACCUGCCUGCUUGCCUACCUGUGUAUGACCAUUGCCUGCCUGUGACCACGAUUCCUGCCUUCUGCGAAUGCGUAAUAAACACCUGCCGCGCUCUGCGCGUGAAUCUACACCUUUUUCUCCCUGAGUAUUCAUUACAGUCUUGAAGGUUGGCAGGUAGCCUAGUGGUUAAAGUGUUGGGCCAGUAACCGAAGAUUUGCUGGUUCGACUACCUGAGCAGACAUGGUGAAAAAUCUGCCGAUGUGCCCUUGAGCAAGGCACUUAACCCUAAUUUGCUCCAGGGGCGCUGUACUACUAUGGCUGAACCUGUAAAACAACACAUUUCACUGCACCUAUCCGGUGUAUGUGACAAUCAUAAUUUUUGUAUUUUUGUAUUUUUUUGUCAAAUCUUUAUAUAGCCUAGUCACAAGCUAUUACAACUAUUUUACAACUUACCAACCAGCUGGAAUCUUACACCAGCACGUCAUUCAAUUAUGCUAGUGCAAUGACAUUAUUUAUUAUAUUUGUUUUAUGUAGUAUCACUGAUUGAUUGAAUAGGUCAGUAAGGAAAAUGCAAAGACCCCGUCAGCCUCAGCCUUCAGGACACUUGCUUUGGCUUAUCCCCGCUGUCUCCUCCUCAUGACCUUUGCAUACAUUACUGGGGCUGACUGGGACACCACAAUAUCAGCUUUAUUAGAAACAGCAUGCUGAGGCCGGGAGAUGGGCACGGAUUGCCGAUGGUGUAUGUGUGUAAUUUCUGUGUGUGUGGGGGGGAGGUGGGGGGAUGACUGUGUGUGUGUGAUCUAAGAUGUGACAGUGUUUACUGGCUGGUCAAAUUAAUCAGUGUUAAUGACUGGAGCAGUAGCGGACAGAUAUCUGCUCCCAUGAUGCUCCAUUAACACCAGGCUGGGCUCUAAGUGCUCCUGAUUUCACGGAGCUGAAGACUUCAAAUGAGCCGCUGACCUUUACUGGCUCAUCUCUCUGCCUCUCUAGAAUAUGGAGUCCUUUGAAAAAUAGAUGGGUGGAUAAGGAAAGAAAAUGUGUAGUCAUAGAAUUUUCUCUCAGUGGUAAUGCAUGUUUUUUUUAAAUGUUAAUUCACUUGAUAAUGAUUGGUAAUGUUACAGUAUAUUAAACAAUUAUUUAAUAAAAGGUGAUAUUCCAUUGCUUGUCUGUGUAGCUGGGCCCAGCUGUCUCACAAACACACAAUGUAAAUGCAUGGGUGAUUAUGACAACGUAUUGAUUACGUUGAUGACACAUCGAUUAUGUAUUUUGUUGACACAUAGAUUGUCUUGUUGACACACAGCUCCACUAAGACACACAUUCAUAUCAUAUCCUGUUCAAUAUUUGAAGAGUUAUAUCCACCAAUUUUUCACUGUUGUGUUUUUUCAUCAGAAAUUAUUGCUUAUGGUUACUUCAUGUAUGUAAAAUAUUACUGUUCUCAGAUUUUUUAUUCAUAGAAUGUUUUGCAAAAUGCUAAUCUCCAUCAUAUUAUAAUUUUAAACAAAUGCAUGUCUGUCAUUGAACAACCCUUUGCCAUGAUUAGAUAGUGAAAUAACAAUAAAAGCUAAUUUACCAACAUUUCUGAAAAUGGAUAUAUAGCGUUUUGGAAUGAAACUCUUAAUUUGCAUCUCAUGCAUGCUCAUGCACCAUCUCAGGCAGGUUUACUGUAGAUCAUGUCUCUGCAUAUGAUUUACAGUGCCUUCAGAAAGUAUUCACCCCUAUUGACUUUUUCCACAUUUUGUUGUGUUACAGCCUGAAUUUAAAAUGAAUUAAAUAGUGAUUUUUCUUGUCACUGGCCUACACACAAUACCCCAUAAUGUCAAAGUGCAAUUAUGUUUUCCAACAUUUUUACAAAUUAAUUAAAAACGAAAAGCUGAAGUGUAUUCAGUCAAUAAGCAUUCAAUCCCUUUGUUAUGGCAAGCCUAAAUAAAUUCAGGAGUAAACAUUUGCUUAAAAAGUUGCAUAAUAAUUUGCGUGGACUCACUCUGUGUGCAAUUUUUUAAUGACUACUUCAUCUCCGUUCCCCACACAUACAAUUAUCUGUAAGGUCCCUCAGUCCAGCAGUGAAUUUCAAACACAGAUCCAACCACAAAGACCAGGGAGGUUUUCCAAUACCUUGCAAAGAAGGGCACCUAUUGGUAGAUGGGUAAAAAAAGCAGACAUUGAAUAUACCUUUUGAGCAUCCCUUUGAGUGAAGUUAUUAAUUACACUUUGGAUGGUGUAUCAAUACACCCAGUCUAUAAAGAUACAGGCGUCCUUCCUAACUCAGUUGCCGGAAAGGAAGGAAACCGAUCAGGGAUUUCACCAUGAGGCCAAUGAUGACUUUAAAACAGUUACAGAGUUUAAUGGCUAUGAUAGGAGAAAACUGAGGAUGGAUCAACAACAUUGUAGUUACUCCACAAUACUAACCUACAGAGUGAAAAGAGGGAAACCUGUACAGAAUAAAAAAUAUUCCAAAACAUGCAUCCUAUUUGCAACAAGACACUAAAGUAAUACAGCAAAAAAUGUGGAAAAGCAAUUAACUUUUUGUCCUGAAUACAAAGUCUUAUGUUUGGGGCAAAUCCAUUACAACAAAUUACUGAGUACCGCUCUCCAUGUUUUCAAGCUUAGUGGUGGCUGCAUCAUGUUAUGGGUAUGCUUGUAAUCAUUAAGGACUGGGGAGUUUCAAGAUUAAAACAAAUAUGAAAUGAGUUAAGCACAGGCAAAAUCCUAAAGGAAAACCUGGUAAAUUCUGUUUUCCACCAGACAUUGGGAGAUUAAUUAACACCAUUAUCCCAGAAACCCUAGACCCACUCCAAUGUGCAUACUGCCCCAACAGAUCCACAGAUUAUGCAAUCUCUAUUGCACUCCACACUGCCCUUUCCCUCCUGGACAAGAGGAACACCUACGUGAGAAUGCUAUUAAUUGACUACAGUUCAGCGUUCAACACCAUAGGGCCCUCAAAUCUCAUCACUAAACUAAGGAUCCUGGGACUAAACACCUCCCUCUGCAACUGGAUCCUGGACUUCCUGACGGGCCGCCCCCAGGUGGUAAGGGUAGGUAACAACACAUCUGCCACGCUGAUCCUCAACACGGGGGCCCCUCAGGGGUGCAUGCUCAGUCUCCUCCUGUACUCCCUGUUCACCCACGAUUGCAUGGCCAGGCACGACUCCAACACCAUCAUUAAGCUUGCCAAUGAUACAACAGUGGUAGGCCUGAUCACCGACAACAAUGAGACAGCCUAUAGGGAGGAGGUCAGAGACCUUGCCGUGUGGUGCCAGGAUAACAACCUCUCCUCCAACGUGAUCAAGACAAAGGAGAUGAUUGUGGACUACAGGAAAAAAGAGGACUGAGCACACCCCCAUUCUCAUCGACGGGGCUGUAGUGGAACAGGUUGAGAGCUUCAAGUUCCUUGGUGUCCACAUCACCAAUAAACUAUCAUGGUCUAAACACACCAAGACAGUCGUGAAGAGGGCAUGACAAAGCCAAGUCUAGGUCCAAAAGGCUUCUUAACAGCUUCUACCCCCAAGUCUCCUGAACAGCUAAUCAUGGCUACCCGGACUAUUUUCAAUCCCCCCCCCCCCCCCCCCCCCCCCCCUCUUUUACGUUGCUGCUACUCUCUGUUUAUUAUCUAUGCAUAACUAACUGGUGCCCCCGCACAUUGACUCUGUACCGGUACCCCCUGUAUAUAGCCUCCCUACUGUUAUUUUAUUUUAGUGCUGCUCUUUACUUUUUUACUAUAUAUUUUUUUACUUAUCUAUUUUUUUACUUGACACUUAUUUUUCUUAAAACUGCAUAUUUUUGUACGGGCUUGUAAGUAAGCAUUUAUUUCACUGUAAGGUCUACACCUGUUUUAUUUGGCGCAUGUGGCAAAUAAAAUAUGAUUUUAUUUAAUUCACCUUUCAGCAGGAUAAUAACCUAAAACACAAGGCCAAAUCUAAACUGGAGAUGCUUACCAAGAAGACAGUGAAUGUUCCUGAGUGGCAGAGUUACAGCUUUGAUUUAAAUCUACUUGAAAAUAUAUGGCAAGACAUGAAAAUGGUUGUCUAGCAAUGAUCAACAACCAAUUUGACAGAGCUUGAAUAAUUUUUUAAAGAAUAACGGGCAAAUGUUGCACCAUCCAGGUAUGGAAAGCUCUUAGAGACUUACCCAGAAAGACACACAGCUGUAAUGGCUGCCAAAGGUGCUUCUACAAAGUAUUGACUCAGGGGUGUGAAUACUUUUGUAAAUUAGAUAUUUCUGUAUUUCAUUUUCUAUAACUUUGCAAACAUUUCUAAAAACAUGUUUUCACUUUCAUUAUGGGAUAUUGUGUAUAGAUGGGUGGUGGAAAACAUUUAUUUAAUUCAUUUUGAAUUCAGUCUGUUACACAACAAAAUGUGGAAUAAGUCAAGGGGUAUGAAUACCUUCUGAAGGCACUGUAUCUCUCAGUGAUGUCAUGGUGUUUGCCCAGUUUUAUAUUGAUAAUAUGAAGGGAAUUCUUCUUGACCACAUGACCCAGGAAAAUCUCAGGGCCCUAAUUAAUUUUUUUCUUGGGCAGGUCACAAGGUCAAGAAUAUCUCAGAGUCCCACUAGGCCCUAGAUAUAAGAACAGUAGGGCGUGGAUGGUUUUUAGACAGUGGUCUGUCGGGGGCAUAUUAGUGCCCAUCCUACUAGUGACAUGGCCUUGCUGGCAGCUCUCCUCCAGGCUGUGUGUGUGAGGCCCAUAACCCUGAGGCGGAACACCACAUCCUGUGCACUUCAGUUCUCUCACACCACGAGAAAGGACCAUGCUGAGAUAAUGAUGUACUGUAUAUGGAAGCUCUGGCUUAUCUAAAGGCAUUCACAGGUGAAAGAUGGCACCUUAUUCGAUGCAUGUUCACGGUUGAGAGAAGGAACCAUGGAAACUGGUUAAAAGCUGUAGGAUGUUGAGGAAACUGAACUUUUUAUUAACUUAAGUGCCUCUUAGGUCAAACCAUGGAGAUAGCAGAAGUCGUCUUUUUGUAAUAGUGUUGAAGUAUGUAGGAUUUCAUUAGGUACUGUAACAGGAUCUCAAAAGCCCUAUUCAAGCAUGUAGUCUGAUCAGCCUUGUGAUUAGCUGUCACAGGAUAGUGACACAAGGAAUUUAAGUCAAGGUCAGAAUAUGGCAUGUCUGUAGUCACACCUCUGCCACACCUUCAUUUAUUUGAUCUCCAGCCCAAACGAAUAGUGGGUGAAUAGCAUGCUAAUCUCAUGCUUAAAUUCAAGGUCAGAAUACGUGUAGAGAGAGAAAGUGCAUAAAAAGGGGAUUAUGUUCCAUUUACCCAGGCUUAACUCAGGUCGGAAUUCCCCCCAGUAGCUGAAUAUACCUAAGUGAAUGUCUGAGGAGUAGCUUGGGUUCCAGUUGGUUUGUACUUGGCAAAUCUUGUCGUUGACAUUCCCAGGAAACUACAGUGCAGACCAUCUAAGCAGGUCUUUGAUCAUGAAAAUCCUAAUGUGUCUGUUCUUUCCUGAGCACUCUGACAGAGAGCUUAUCUUGCUGUGCUGUGCUGAAAUUGCACAGAAUAAUAGGCUAUACAGGACUGUAUUUCCAUCAGGAAUGUUCCAGUACUAUGAGAAUAUUCACUGGAUACCUUAGGUGUGACAUCUAAUAGGGAAUCCUAUCCACUUUGCAGGUGGUGUGAGCCAUUCAUUAGAAAUGUCUGUAACAGGCCAGUCAUAACAGCCCAGGCUUUUUCUAUAGAUACUGUAAUCACAUACAGUACAAGGUCUGUUCCAUUAUUGAGAUGAAUGUUUUCUGAGAGGCUUGUUAGAAUGACUGAUCCGCUGUUUUCCUUUGCUCUGUCUAAUUUGACAGCUCUAUAAUAUCCGUUUUAUUACAGUACUCCUUCCAACACUGUCUGGUGUCAGACACUUGUUGUUCUAUUAUUCAUUAAGUGAUUUAAAAUGUUCGGAGGAGGAAUUGCGCUCUUUAUAGAUGAACUGAGACUAUGAAUGUUUUAGAUUAUGCCCAUCUUUUCAGAAUUUCCAUUGCUUAUCAGUUAUAUUUCCUGCUCCUCAUAUAAAAUAUGCGGUAUCAAAUCAAAUCAAAUCAAGCUUUAUUUUUACAGCACAUUUCAGACAUGGAAUGCAACACAAUGUGCUUCACAGAAAAAAACAAUGAAAAUAAAAGCUGAAAUAUUUUCUACACAACAAACAUAAGAUAAAAAACAAAAGAAUGACAAAAACUAAACAAAUAAAAAGCACCCUAAGUAAAAGCAAAGCUAAAAAGGUGUGUUUUAAGAUCUAUUUUAAAUAUGUCCACAGUUUCGGCCCCCCUCAGGUUCUCUGGCGGGCUAUUCCAGAGGCUGGGGGCAUAGUAACUAAAGGCUGCCUCUCCAUGCCUCUUGGUCCUAGGCUUUUGGAUAGUUAAAAGGCCAGUGCCAGAGGACCUAAGGGACCUACUGGGUACAUAACUUAAAAGCAUGUCUGACAUGUAUUGGGGUGCACAAGCGUGGAUUGAUUUAAAAACCAAUAAGAAACUCACAGGCAGCCAGUGCAGAGACCUUAAAGCCGGUGUAAUGUGUGCUCUCCGUCUGGUCUUGGUCAGUACCCGCGCAGCAGCAUUCUGUAUUCUGUAGCCAUUAGUACAUCGCUCAACAAAUGAAGCUAAAUGAAUACCUUUUCACUAUGAGUUUGUCUAGCUAUGUUUCUUGAGUGUUUUUGUCUCUUGACUGAGCUAUCACUGUAAGGCAAACAUCUUCCUCAGGAGCAGAGGGAUGUAUUGAAUUUUCUGAGGCAACACAAACAAAGCACCAUUUCAUUUUCUUCUGUUUAUCUCCCCUCUGCCCUCCAAACCCUAUUGAAUCAUUUAUAAAUGGGGUUAUUGCUUUUUACCAUGAAAACCAGCCUCUUGGCAGAGUCCCUUUCUGCUGUUUUUAGCCUGAGCUGAUUUUGUGGCAGCUAUGAAUAGCCGGGGUGAUAUUGCUAUCGUUUUAGUGGAGCAGAUGGUUUUUGUCCCGAGGACACAGGCUUCCAGGAGAGGAACUCACACUAAUUAUGAGAGGGCAAGAUUACAGGAGUGUCAGACUGGUGGGGGGUCAGGGAAGGGUUAGAGGAAAGAGGGAGUGGUACGGUUGUGGAGUGAAUGGGUGAGGCAAUAGCAGUGUAGGUUUGAUGAAUGACAAUGUUAAGGUGAAUGCUAAGUAGACCUAGGUGCCUGUUAGAGGGAGGGUGAGGGGUUGCAGUGAGAUGUAGGGUUAUUGUUUAUGUCGUUAAGAGAUUGUAGGUUAUCACAUCAAUUUGAAAAGUUUGAUUCCAAAACGCUAUAUACGCUCAUUUUCCACGUGCAUUUUUUCAUCCAAAAUGAAUGCUCAUUGGUCCCUUUCUAUGUGUAUGAAUUGUCAUACUUUUAAAACAUUUUACUUUAGAUGUGCUUUAAAAUGUGUGUUUUUUGUUGAUGCUAAAAGUGAUAUCCAACACUUGUUUCAUACUAAAACGCGCUGUAUCCAGAGCCAUGUAUUUAGAAAGUUGGGCUAUUGAGGUUUCUCCAUUAUGAUACCUUUACAUGACACUGCAACAUUCUAUGGCUGUUCAAUUUUUUCCACACAUAGGAAUGUAAUCAGAUCCUUAUUUUAUUAAUUUAACCCCUGGCUUAGUUAGCCGGAUGUGGUGAUUGACAGCUGCCACUCUCAGCUGUUUGCGCUGGCUAGCUAGCAUCACGUUAGGCUUUGAGCGCUUGCGUGUCGUGGACCUUUUGAGUAUGGAUCAUUUUGACAGUUUAUUGGAGCCUGUGAUAUCUGUUCCUGUUGGACAAAAGAGGAACAUUUCUAAACAAGCUCAUGAAAAGGAGCGAUCCAGCGACACUCAGGUGAAGGGAAACAACUGUAGCUCAGUUGGUAGAGCAUGGCGCUUGCAACGCCAGGGUUGUGGGUUCGAUUCCCACAGGGGGCCAGUAUAAAAAUGCCCUCACUUAACUGUAAGUCGCUCUGGAUAAGAGCAUCUGCUAAAUGACUAAAAUGUAAAAAAAAAAAAAAUAAAAAAUAAAUACCUAGUCUAAUAGCCUACCAGCUGCAAACAAACAGCAGGCUGUGUCACUCCAACAAUAGGAAUCAAUCCAUCCUUGACCAGCAAAUUUAUUCUGACAGACUUUCAAUGUCCUUAAAUCCUUCCUAAAGUGUAUAUAAUCUAACUCAAAAAGCUUCCCUUGAUUUAUCUUAACAAAAAACCUGUAAACUCCCCAUAAAAUUGUUCCAAAAAUUGCUUAAAUUACCAAAAAGAGAACACAUUUUAUACGCUGCUCACCCUCUGCAUAGGCUACAAUACAUUGGCUAUGUGAUAUUUGCACAAUAUUGUUGAUCAAUUUGAUUAUUUUUAUAAUUAUUUAUCUAUUGAUACUUUAUUACAUGUAACUGUUUAAAACCCAGUUGGGAUACUUUUUAUAUUGUAAUUCUGUUGUUUGAUGUGGAUAUAUAGCAUUUUGCCACAAAACACGAUUAUUUUUCUCUCUAACAUUAAAUUAUCUUGCAAUAUAUUUCUAUUAAAAUUAUGCCUGUCUUUUCACUAGCCCAUGUCAUGGUAAGAUAAAAAAAAUAAUAGCUCUCUCUUUCACAAUAUGUUUUUUUUUAAAUUAAUGUCAAUUUACCAACAUUUCUGAAAAUUGAUAUAUCUCGUUUUUGAAUGAAACUCUUCAAAUGUUAUUUUUUAUUUAUAUUUCUCUGUUAGAACUGGUUGGCUCUGUUGUGGUGUCUCACUGUUUUCUGCCUCAAUCUCAACAUUCCAUGACUCUAAAUCACAAGGAUCUGUGGAGAAGAUAACAGCCUUAUCAAAAAUCCUUGGUCCUAUGUGGCAGCAUAGCGGGUAAUGGAUUGGCCCAAUUGAGCUCUAUACAUCACACGCCUUCAGGGUAGCUGCAAUUCCAAGAUCUAAUGAAAAUAGUGCUUUUAGUGAGAGAGUGGAAUGCAUUUUUCUUAUAAACUCUUAAAGAUAAAGAUGCAAGUUGGUUCUUGAGAGCGAUGUCAUAGGGGAACCAUUUUAGGGUCUCUGAAGAACCAUAAAUGGAAUGGUUCUUUGAAGAACCAUACAAAAAUUCAAAACCAGAAAUGUUUCCGCCCUCCAGGACCAGAAUUGAAUAGCCCUGCUGUAGGGUUUUAAGCCUUAUUUGCAUAUUUCCCAGGGUGCCUUUCGAGUGAAUUUUAGUUACCAUUACCACCCAUGACUGUGUUUGCUAGUGACAGAGACAUGGUUGUUGCAUUCAUUCAUUUUCAGUCCUGUUGCCUUCACCAAGUGAGCUCCUUAGUGAAUAUGUUGUCAUUAAAAUUUCAUUAUUUAAGACAAUACAAUAUAUAUUUCAUAAUGUCUUCUUUUGAGGGCCUAGAAUUACCCUAAUACAGUGGCCUGAAUCUCAUAGUUUACAGGCCACAUCAGGCCUGCAAGCCACAUUAUGCUGGCUUGUAAAGUGAUGUGUAGUCUCUUUUACACCACUGAGUGUUAAUUUAACUAUUUACAAUGUUAAUUUAACUCUUGAAUCAACACUAGAAAUGUUAGACUGAAAAAUAAACAGUAGUUAACACUGGCCAAUUUGCUGUGUGCUAUGAAAGGGACACAUCUGCAGGUUUCAUACAUUUCAAGAACCUUUUAGAAUUCUGAAGAACCGUAGAUGCCACAUCAAGAACCACACACUUAACUUAAAGGUUCUUUAUCGAGUUCUCCAAGGAACUUUAAUAGCUAAGGAAGAACCAUUUAAGAGCCUUUAUUUUUUCAGUGUCGAUGGGGGGAAAGAGACAGAACCAUCCUUCUCACUAAUGUAUUCUCUUUCAUGGUUAUUGAUGCAUUUUAAAGGACAUUAUAGGCUACAGAUAGCCUAGUCCUGCUUGCCAGACUCAAGGCACUCUGCAGGAGGGAAGAGACAACAUAUUGCCUCUUUCCAGGGUGUACAGUGCCUUCAGAAAGUAUUCAUAUCCCUUGACCUAUUCCACAUUUUGUUGUGUUACUGCCUGAAUUCAAAAUGGAUUAAAUAUACCUUUUUUUCUCACCCAUCUACACACAAUACCCCAUAAUGACAAAGUGAGCACUCCUGAGAAAAAGGCACAUGACGACACACCUGGAGUUUGCAAAAAGGCACGUGAAAAACUCUGAGAUCAUAAGGCAAAAGAUUCUGUGGUCUGAUGAGACAACAUUUUAACACUUUGACCUGAAUGCAAAGUGCUAUGUCUGGAGAAAACCAGGCACAGCUCAUCACCCAUCUAACACCAUCACUACCAUGAAGCAUGGUGGUAGCAGCAUCAAGCUAUGGGGAUACUUUUCAGCGGCAGGGACUGAGAGACUGGUAAGGAUAGAGGGAACAAUGAAUGGAGCCAAAUACAGGCAAAUCCUUGAUGAGAACAACCUUAGGCUCGGGGCGAAGAUUUACAUUCGAACAGGACAAUGACCCCAAGCAUACAUCCAAAGCAACGCUGGAAUUGCUUCAGAACAAGAAUGUGAAAGUCCUUGAGUGGCACAGCCAAAGCCCAGAUUUGAAUCCCAUUGAAAAUCUGUGGAAAAACUUGAAGACUUUGUUCACCGCCGCUCCCCAUCUAACUUAACAGAGCUUGAGAAAAUCUGCAAGGAAGAAUGGAAGAAAAUCCCCAAAUGCAGAUGUGCAAAACUGAUACAGACAUACCUAAGACGACUCAAAGCUGAAAUCACCGCCAAAGGUGCUUCUACAAAGUAUUGAGAUAUAUGAGAUAUUUCUGUAUUUCAUUUUGCACAAAAUUCUAUAAACAUGUUUUCUCUUCGUCAUUUUUGGGUAUUGUGUUUAGAUGGGUGAAGAAAAAAAAUAGUCAUCCAUUUUGAAUUCAGGGUGUAACACAACAAAAGGUGGAAUAAGUAAAGGGGUAUGAAUACUUUCUGAAGGCACUCUACCCUUCUUCAAUUUAUCUCAAUAUUGUGUUCUUAACAGAAAGUAGUAUGCUACAUAAGGAGAUAUUUUGUGGGACAUUUUGUUGGUUGAGGAUGGUUUGCUCUUGUGUAGGUGAGGUUUGCUGUGUACGUCUGCUGAUAUUUCACCUCUAGUUAGACUUUUAUUCUUAAUCUUCAUUCCUGUGUCCUUGACUGUCCAGUUGUCAAGGCAACCAUGCUGUCAGCAGGUUGGUUGUUAGUGUAGUGUGUGUUAGAGCAGACAUAUUGGCUCACAUUAGCUCAUAUUGUUCACAUAUGGCGCCGGCAGGCAGUGGACUGAUUUUUUGUACACAUUUAUUGAAAAUUAAAUAGAGAAAUAUGACAUUUACAUACAUUGCAUUCGGAAAGUAUUCAGACCCCUUGACUUUUUCCAAAAAUAUUUACGUUACAGCCUUAUUCUAAAAUGGAUUAAAUAAAUGUUUUCCUCAUCAAGCUACAUACAAUAACCCAUAAUGACAAAGCGAAAACAGUUUUUUUAUUUUAUUUAUAAAAAGAAAACAACCCAGAAAUACCUUAUUUACAAAGUAUUCAGACUCUUUGCUAUGACACUUCAAAUUGAGCUCAAGUGCAUCCAAUUUCCUUUGAUCAUCCUUGAGAUGUCACUACAACUUGAUUGGAGUCCACCUGUGGCCAAAAAACAUACCUGUCUAUAUAAGGUCCACAGUUGACAGUGCAUGUCCAAGCAGAAACUAUACCAUGAAGUCCAGGAACUGUCCGUAGAUCUCCGAGAUAGAAUUGUGAUAAGGCAUAUAUCUGGGAAGGGUAAAUAUUUUUUUCUAGAGUGUUGAAAGUUUCCAUCAUUGGGAAAUUGAAAAAAUAUGUAACUGCCCAGACUCUGCAUAGAGCUGGCCAUCCGACCAAACUGUGCAACCGGGUAAGAAGGACCUUGGUCAGGGAGGUGACCAAGAACCGAAUGACCACUCUGACAGAACUACAGUGUUCCUUGGCUGAGAUGGGAGAACCUGCCAGAAGGACAACCGUCUACUACAGCACUUCACCAAUCUGGGCUUUAUGGGAGAGUGGCCAGGUGGAAGACACUCCUGAGAAAAAGUACAUGACAACACGCCUGGAGUUUGCAAAAAGGCACGUGAAAAACUCUGAGAUCAUAAGGCAAAAGAUUCUGUGGUCUGAUGAGACAACAUUUUAACACUUUGACCUGAAUGCAAAGUGCUAUGUCUGGAGAAAACCAGGCACAGCUCAUCACCCAUCUAACACCAUCACUACCAUGAAGCAUGGUAGUGGCAGCAUCAUGCUAUGGGGAUGUUUUUCAGCGGCAGGGACUGGGAGACUGGUAAGGAUAGAGGGAACAAUGAAUGGAGCCAAAUACAGGCAAAUCCUUGAUGAGAACAACCUUAGGCUCGGGGCGAAGAUUUACAUUCGAACAGGACAAUGACCCCAAGCAUGCAGCCAAAGCAACGCUGGAAUGGCUUCAGAACAAGAAUGUGAAAGUCCUUGAGUGGCACAGCCAAAGCCCAGAUUUGAAUCCCAUUGAAAAUCUGUGGAAAAACUUGAAGACUUUGUUCACCGCCGCUCCCCAUCUAACUUAACAGAUCUUGAGAAAAUCUGCAAGGAAGAAUGGAAGAAAAUCCCCAAAUGCAGAUGUGCAAAACUGAUACAGACAUACCUAAGACGACUCAAAGCUGUAAUCACCGCCAAAUGUGCUUCUACAAAGUAUUGAGAUAUAUGAGAUAUUUCUGUAUUUCAUUUUCAAUAACUUUGCACAAAUGUCUAUGAACAUGUUUUCACUUCAUCAUUUUGGGGUAUUGUGUUUAGAUGGGGGAAGAAGAAAAAAAGUCAUCCAUUUUGAAUUCAGGGUGUAACACAACAAAAUGUGGAAUAAGUGAAGGGGUAUGAAUACUUUCUGAAGGCACUCUACACUUCUUCAAUUUAUUUCAAUAUUGUGUUCUUAACAGAAAGUAGUAUGCUACAUAAGGAGAUAUUUUGUAGGACAUUUUGUUGGUUGACGUUGGUUUGCUCUUGUGUAGGUGAGGUUUGUUGUGUAUGUCUGCUGAUAUUUCACCUCUAGUUAGACUUUUAUUCUUAAUCUUGAUUUCUGUGUCCUUGGCUGUCCAGUUGUCAAGGCAACCAUGCUGUCAGCAGGUUGGUUGUUAGUGUAUUGUGUGUUAGAUGAGACAUAUUGGCUCACAUUAGCUCAUACUGUUCACAUAUGGCACCGGCAGACAGUGGACUGAUUAUUUGUACACAUUUAUUGAAAAUUAAAUACAGAAAUAUGACAUUUACAUACAUUGCAUUCGGAAAGUAUUCAGACCCCUUUACUUUUUCCAAAAAAUAUUUACGUUACAGCCUUAUUCUAAAAUUGAUUGUGGUGAGUGUGGUGAAAGGAGUCAAGUGCAGGAGGGUGAUCACCGAAUACAGAGUUUAUUCCUUCGUUGACACACACAUGCACUCCAAUAGCGAUCAAAGAAACAGGCACGGGGGAAACAAACAUCCCUGGCAAUACACUGUAACGGAAUCCAAUAAUACAUAGGCACAGGGGGAAAAUCUACCCUGGCAACACAAUGUUAUGAGUAGCUCCACCGAGCUACAUACUCUCACAAUUAACAAUCACCCACAAGGACAAGGGGGCAGAGGGAACACUUAUACACAGACUAAUUAGGGGAUAGGAACCAGGUGUGUGUGAUUGACAAGACUAGUGUGAUGAUGAUUGGGGCGGCAGUGGUUAAUACUCCGGUGACGACGAACGCCGAAGCCUGCCCGAACAAGGAGGGGAGGCAGCCUCGGCCGAAGUCGUGACAAACCGCGGGCUCAGCUUCCGGCACAAACCGCGGGCUCAGCUUCCGGCAGGGCAGGCGGAGUGGCAGAUUCCGGGUCGAGAGCCCGACCCGAUCCCCCGGUACGAAGACCGGGGCCUCACUGCGGUGACGGUCAGCGUUGGCCUUCUGACAAACCACGGCACGCUGGAGGUGAACGUGGGCAGCAUCCCACAUCUCCUCCGCGUGCCGAAACCAGUCCUCCACCGCAGGCGCCUCGGUCUGGCUCUGGUGCCACGGUGCCAGAACCGGUUGGUAACCUAAAACACAUUGAAAUGGUGUUAGGUUAGUAGAGGAGUGGCGGAGAGAGUUCUGGGCAUAUUCUGCCCAUGGCAAGAACACCGACCACUUCCCUGGCAGUAGGACCGCAGGAAGCUACCCACAUCCUGAUUUACUCGUUCCACCUGCCCAUUUGACUCGGGGUGGAACCCAGAGGUCAGGCUGUCCGAGACCCCCAGACGUUCCAUGAACGCCUUCCAAACCUUGGAUGUGAACUGGGGACCUCGGUCGGACACUAUAUCCUCUGGCACCCCGUAGUGCCGGAAGACGUGAGUGAACAGGGCCUCCGCAGUCUGCAGGGCCGUGGGGAGACCGAGCAGAGGAAGGAGGCAGCAGGAAUUGGAGAAGCGGUCCACAACGACCAGGAUGGUGGUGUUACCUUGGGAGAGGGGAAGAUCAGUCAGAAAAUCUAUGCUGUGAGACCAUGGUCGUUGUGGAAACGGUAACGGUUGUAGCUUACCUGCUGGGAGGUGCCUAGGUGCCUUACUCUGGGCGCACACCGAGCAGGAGGAGACGGACACCCUCACGUCCUUAGCCAAGGUAGGCCACCAGUACUUUCCGCUCAAGCAGCGCACUGUACGACCGAUACCUGGGUGACCAGAGGAGGUUAACGUGUGUGCCCAGAAGAUCAGACGAUCAUGGAUAAGAGCAGGCACGUACCGCAGCCCUGCUGGACACUGCGGUGGAGAUGGAUCUGUGCGUAAUGCCCGCUCUAUAUCCGCGUCCAUCGCCCAUACUACCGGCGACACAAUGUAGGAGGCCGGGAGUAUGGGGGUGUUGUCUCUGGGCCUCUCCUCUGUGUCAUACAGCCGGGACAGUGCGUCUGCCUUCACGUUCUUCGUACCCGGAAUGUAUGAUAGUGUAAAAUCAAACCGGGUGAAGAAUAGGGCCCACCUGGCCUGGCGAGGAUUCAGCCUCCUCGCUGCCCGGAUGUACUCCAGGUUACGGUGGUCCGUCCAGACGAUGAAAGGGUGUUUCGCCCCUUCGAGCCAAUGCCUCCACACGGUCAAAGCUCGGACAACAGCCAACAGCUCCCGAUCACCAACAUCGUAGUUCUGCUCCGUCGGGCUGAGCUUCUUCGAGAAGAAGGCACAGGGGCGGAGCUUGGGUGGCUUGCCCGAGCGUUGUGACAGGACAGCGCCUAUCCCUACCUUGGACGCAUCCACCUCCACUACGAACAGUAGUGAUGGAUCGGGGUGGGCCAGUACCGGAGCUGAGGUGAACAGACCCUGCAGUCUCCUGAAGGCCAGAUCCGCCUCAGCACACCAGCGGAGCUGGGACAGCCCACCCUUCAACAGGGAUGUGAUGGGAGCUGCGACCUUGCCAAAGCCCCGGAUAAACCUUCGGUAGUAGUUGGCAAAGCCAAGGAAUCGCUGCACCUCCUUAACCGUGGUUGGAGUCAGCCAAUUACGCAUGGCUGAAAUGCGAUCUCCCACCUGAGGUGGUAAUGCAGUAUCCAAGGAAGGAGACGGACUGCUUGAAAACAUACACUUCUCUGCCUUGGCAUAAAGGUCAUUUUCCAACAGUCUGGCCAGCACUUUGCGAACCAGGGACACAUGCUCGGCGCGAGUAGCGGAAUACACCAGGAUGCCAUCGAUGUAGACCACUACACCGCGACCAUGCAUGUCCCGAAACACCUUGUUCACAAAGGACUGGAAGGUGGAUGGAGCAUUCAUCAAACCGUAGGGCAUCACAAGGUAUUCAUAAUGCCCCGUGGUUGUGCUGAAUGCCGUCUUCCACUCAUCCCCCUCCCGAACACGCUCCAGGUUGUACGCACUCCUGAGAUCUAGCUUUGUGAAGAAGCGCGCCCCAUGCAUUGACUCGAUCACUGAAGGAAUGAGGGGGAGAGGAUAACUAAAUCUAAUCGUCUCCUUGUUCAGUGAUCGAUAAUCAAUGCACGGGCGCAGACCGCCGUCUUUCUUCUUCACAAUGAAGAAACUUGAGGAGGCGGGUGAAGUGGAGGGACGUAUGUACCCCUGGCCCAGGGACUCGGAGACGUAUGUUUCCAUAGCCUCCGUUUCAGCCUGUGACAGGGGGUACACAUGACUCCUGGGAGGUACAGCGUCUACCCGAAAGGUCUAUCGCGCAAUCCCCCGCCCGAUGAGGUGGUAAUUUAGUAGCACGCGUCUUGCGCCUGAUCUAGGUUUUCGGGGGGGGAAUGCGCAUGGUGGAGGUACCGUCUGGACUUUCCACCGUGGUUGCACCAACGGAAACAUCUAGACACCUACCCUGACAUUCAUGCGACCACCCCGUGAGAGCCCUCUGCAGCCAUAAGAAGGUGGGGUUGUGGAGUGCUAGCCAAGGGAUACCUAAUACCACAGGGAAAGCAGGAGAUUCAAUAAUUGAAAAAAUUACCUGCUCACAAUGAGUCUCCUGGGUGAUCAUGGUGACCGGUAUAGUGACUUCCGUAACAAACCCGGACCCUAAUGGUCGACUAUCGAGUGCUCUGAUGGGGAGUGGAAUGGAGAGGGGAAACAAUAAAAUGCUUUGACGGCGUGCCAAUGCCCUGUCCAUAAAGUUCCCAGAUGCACCUGAAUCGACUAGCCCCUUACACUGGGGAACUACCAUGAUAUCGGGAAAGUGGAUAGGUAGGGUACAGUGCACAACAGAGGGCUCUGAACAAGUGUGGGUGUUCGAUACCUGGGGUGAUGCGUGAGUGCCCUGCCUGCCGCCUCCCGGCCCAGAAGAACGUUGACUACGACGUGUGGUGUACUGUCCUUUCGUGCCACCAGAGUGGCACUGUCGCUGUCCUCCUCCGCUCUCUCGGCCGGCAGCCCCACCCAGCUCCAUUGGCUCGGGAUCCGAGUCGUCCGGGAUGGAAACGGGCAGAUCCCUACCAGGACGUUCUCUGGCUGUCAGCAGGUUGUCCAAACGAAUGGCCAUGUCCACCAGUUUAUCGAAGGACAAUAUUGUGUCCCGGCAGGCUAGCUCCCGUCGGACGUCCUCCCGCAGAUGGCACCGGAAAUGGUCGAUCAGGGCCCGCUCGUUCCACCCGGACCCCGCUGCCAGCGUCCGAAACUCCAACACAAUGUCCUGCACGGUCCUUUUCCCCUGCCUCAGGUGGACCAGCCGCUCACCCGCCUCUCGACCCUCGGGCAAGUGAUCGAAGACCGCCCAAAAGAGGCGAGCGAACUCCCUGUAGUCCUCCAACGCGGCUCCUCCCUCGUUCCACACCGCGUUGGCCCACUCCAGGGCUUUCCCACAGAGGCAGGAAACGAGGACGGACACCUUCUCCCGCUCCUAUGGCGCCAGUCUGAUGCUUGCAAAGUAAAGCUCCAAUUGGAGGAGGAAUCCCUGGCACAGCGCCGCCGUCCCAACAAACGGCCAUGGUCGGGAUAUCUGGAUCCCUCCGUGUGCUGGGGUGUAGAUGGCUGGAUCCGGUUGGCCAGCUGGUCUCGACAGAUCGGGUCCUCUCCUCUCCAGGCAUUGGACUGCCUGAAGAACCCGAUCCAUCGCUUCCCCAAAGCUGGCCAGCAUCGUGGAAUGCUCCUAGACCCGUGCCACGACUCCAGGCAUGCGCUCUUCUCCCGCUGACUCCAUAGCGGGUGGGUGAUUCUGUGUUGAGUGUGGUGAAAGGAGUCAGGCGCAGGAGGGUAAUCACCGAAUACAGAGUUUAUUCCUUCGUUGACACACACAUGCGCUCCAAUAGCGAUCAACGAAACAGGCACGGGGGAAACAAACAUCCCUGGCAAUACACUGUAACGGAAUCCAAUAAUACAUAGGCACAGGGGGAAAAUCUACCCUGGCACACUUAUACACAGACUAAUUAGGGGAUAGGAACCAGGUGUGUGUGAUUGACAAGACAAGUGUGAUGAUGAUUGGGGCAGCAGUGGUUAGUACUCCGGUGACGACGAACACCGAAGCCUGCCCGAACAAGGAGGGGAGGCAGCCUCGGCCGAAGUCGUGACAUUGAUUAAAUAAAUGGUUUCCUCAUCAAGCUACACACAAUACCCCAUAAUAACGAAGGGAAAACAGUUUAUUUAUUUAUUUUAUUUAUACAAAUUAAAAUUAAAAAUUAAAAAUACCUUAUUUACAUAAGUAUUCAGACCCUUUGCUAUGAGACUCGAAAUUGAGCUCAGAUGCAUCCUGUUUCCAUUGAUUAUCCUUGAGAUGUUUCUACAACUUGAUUGGAGUCCACCUGUGAUGAAUUAAAUUGAUUGGACAUGAUUUUGAAAAGGCACAAACCUGUCUAUAUAAGGUCCCACACUUGACAGUGCAUGUCAGCGCAGAAACCAAGCCAUGAGGUCGAAGGAAUUGUCCGUAGAACUCCGAGACAGGAUUGUGUCGAGGCACAGAUCUGGGGAAAGGUACCAAAAAAUGUAUGCAGCAUUGAAGGUCCCCAAGAACACAAUGGCCUCCAUGAUUUUUAAAUGGAAGAACUUUGGAACCACCAAGACUCUUUCUAGAGCUACACUGAGAAAUUGAAGGAGAAGGGCCUUGGUCAGGGAGGUGACCAAGAACCCGGUGGUCACUCUGACAGAGCUCCAGAGUUCCUCUGUGGAGAUGGCAGAACCUUCCAGAAGGACAGUCAUCUCUGCAGCACUCAACUUUAUGUUAGAGUGGCCAGACGGAAGCCACUCCUCAGUAAAAGGCACAUGACAGCCCACUUGGAGUUUGCCAAAGGGCACCUAAAGGACCAUGAGAAACAAGAUUCUCUGGUCUGAUGAAACCAAGAUUGAACUCUUUGGCCUGAAUGCCAAGUGUCACAUCUGGAGGAAACCUGGCACCAUCCCUAUGGUGAAGCAUGGUGGUGGCAGCAUCAUGCUGUGGGUAUGUUUUUCAGUGGCAGGGACUGGGAGACUAGUCAGGAUCGAGGGAAAGAUGAACGGAGCAACAUACAGAGAGAUCGUUGAUGAAAAUCUGCUCCAGGGCGUUCAGGACCUCAGACUGGGAGGCGAAGGUUCACAUUCUAACAGGACAACGACCCUAAGCACACAGCCAAGACAACGCAAUAGUGGCUUCGGGACAAGUCUCUGAAUGUCCUUGAGUGGCCCAGCCAGAGUCCGGACUUGAACCCGAUCUAACAUCUCUAGAGAGACCUGAAAAUAGCUGUGCAGCAACACUCCCCAUCCAACCUGACAGAGCUUGAGAGGAUCUGCACAGAUUAAUGGGGAAAAACUCCUCAAAUACAGGUGUGCCAAGCUUGUAGCGUCAUACCCAAGAAGACUCGAGGCUGUAAUCGCUGCAAAAGGUGCUUCAACAAAGUACUGAGUAAAGGGUCUGAAUACUUAUGUAAAUGUGAUAUUUCAGAUUAUUUAUUUUAUACAUUUGCACACAAAAAAUGUAACCUGUUUUUGCUUUGUCGUUAUAGGAUAUUGUGUGUAGAUUAGUGAGGGGAAAAAAACAAUUUAAUACAUUUUAUAAUAAGACUGUAACGUAACAAAAUGUGGAAAAAGUCAAGGAGUCUGAAUACUUUCUGAAUGCACUGUAACUAUUCACACCCCUUUCUGGGUACGUUUCUAAGAGCUUUCCAAACCUGAAUUGUGCAACAUUUGCUCAUUAUUCAUACAAAAAUUAUUCAAGCUCUGUCAAAUUGAUUGUUGAUCAUUGCUAGACAACCAUUUUCAGGUCUUGCCAUAGAUUUUCAAGUCACUCUGCAACUCAGGGACAUUCACUGUCUUCUUGGUAAGCAACUCCAGUGUAGAUUUGGCCUUGUGUUUUAAGUUAUUGUCUUGCUGAAAGGUGACUGAAGCAUGUUUUCCUCUAGAAUUUUGCCUGUGCUUAGCUCCAUUCCGUUUCUUUUUUAUCCUGAAAAACUCCCCAGUCCUUAAUGAUUACAAGCAUACCCAUAACAUGAUGCAGCCACCACUAUGCUUGAAAAUAUGAAGAGUGGUACUCAGUAAUGUGUUGUAUUGGAUUUGCCCCAAACAUAACACUUUUUAUUCAGGACAAAAAGUGUUUUUAUUUUUAUAUAUCACUUUAUUGCCUUGUUGCAAACAGGACGGAUGUUUUCACUCUGUCAAUUAGGUUAGUAUUGUGGAGUAACUACAAUGUUGUUGAUCCAUCGUAAUUUUUCUCCUAUUGUAGCCAUUAAACUCUGUAACUGUUUUAACGUCACCAUUGGCCUCAUGUUGAAUUCCCUGAUUUCCUUCCUCUCCGGCAACUUAGUUAGGAAGGACGCUUGUAUCUUUGUAGUGACUGGGUGUAUUGAUACGCCAUUGUCACAAGUGUAGAGCUGGACAGGAGGGGGAGCUAAAGCGAAGGCUGGUGUGACAGCCAUCCAAAGUGUAAUGAAUAACUUCAUCAUGCUCAAAGGGAUAUUCAAUGUUUGCUUUUUUAUUUUAACCAUCUAUCAAUAGGUGCCCUUUGCAAGGCAUUGGAAAACCUCCCUGAAUUCUUAUUGACUCAAGACAUUUCGGCUUUUCAUUUUGUAUUAAUUAGUACACAUUUCAAAAACAUAAUUCCACUUUAACAUUAUGGGGUGUUGUGUGUAGGUCAGUGACCUAAAAUCUCAACAAAAUGUGGAAAAAGUCAAGUGGUAUGAAUACUUUCUGAAGGCACAUAUCUGAUAUUGAGUAAAUAACUUGAACUUAUUCAGAAGCGUUAUUCAGAGUAAAUAUGUCAGAAGAACAUUUAUUGAGAGAGUGAUUUAUGGACAGUGUCCUUCGUCCUAUAGUACCGAUUCUGUAUAGACAGCAGCAGUCUGUUGAGGUAGGUAGGGCAUCAGGAGAGCAGAUUUUCCCAGGUGGCAGCAGUGAUGGCUGGCUCUGAUUUCCUUCCUCUGGGGAUUUCCCUGUGCCAGUCUGCAGAGGAGAGGAGUGUCACAUUACUGUUUGGUUGUGUGACGGGAGUCCGUUACUGCAGUCCGGUCCCACUGGGACUGACUCUGUGUCCUUCACUAGCAUUUUGUCUAGAAAUAAUGCAUUAGUACAAUAAAUGAUCUCAUCAAUUAUCUAAUUUGUAUGCAUACUGAUUUUACAUCUGUUAUUUUAUGGAGUGAAAAAAAGACAAGGUGGUUUCUCUUUAAAAUACGUAUUUUUCUUUCUGGCUCAUGUUUUUUAUGUAAAGGCAUAGUGUACAUACUUAUCACAUAAUGUAUAGAAAACCACACAGGACUGUAUGCAUAACAUUAAAUAAUCCAAACACAUUCAUUAUGAUUGUUGCUGUCAAUAAAUCAGCAGGUUCAUCCAUCAGUGACAGCCCAGUACAGUCACAGGACAGUGAGUUCCUCUCAGGCUGGCUGGGCUGCCAUCACACACUGCAUGAAUGGAGCAUCUUCUGAUGCCUGUCCUCAUGUGCAGUCCCUCUGCUCCUGCUCCUGGCCCUGGCAACCCAACAGCCCAUUGAAACCCAUGAGCCAGCAAAUCUGCCCUCAUGUCAUAGUCUCUCCAUCUCCAUCAGCUGUGGUCCUCUGUAGCUCAAUUUGUAGAGCAUGACGCUUGUAACGCCAGGGUAGUGGGUUUGAUCCCUGGGACCACCCAUACGUAAAAAUGUAUGCACACAUGACUGUAAGUCGCUUUGGAUAAAAGCGUCUGCUAAAUGGCAUAUUAUUAUUAUUUAGCUAGCUCUGCACUUCUGCUCAUCCCCAUGUGCUACAUUAGGGCCAGCUGGGAUGUAGACUGCCUGGGAAUGCAUGCUUCCAUACUGCGUGGGAAACCUCCCGACAGUCAGCUGAGUAGAGCUGAGCUCUCUCUCUCUCAUUCUGUCUUUCUCUCUCUUUCUCUCACUCAAAUUGCUUGAGGGUUUCUCCAUUUCUCCCCCUCCCGCCAUUCCUUUUCUCACAGCCUUUAUCUCUCUCUUCUCCCUUCCUCAGUACUUCCUCUCUCACUCCUCUGCCGAGCCUCAGCUCCAGGCAGAGCUCCAAGCCCAGAUUUACAGCCAUGCGAUUCAUGCAGAAAGAGGCUUUGAGAUGAAAGAUUCUGAGACAGUCAGACUGAGCACAGAGAGAGAGAAAGAUAUUCACAGACUGAGAAAGCAAGGGAAAGAGAAAGAAAGACAUGCCAAUGUGCUGUGCAGUGUUUGUAGUGUCAGGCUAUUUCUCCUGAUAGAAAUUGUAAUUUUACACCCAUUUUUACUAUUGGACCAUUUCAAUGCCAAGGCUCGGUUUGUAAGGCUACCACUUGUCCUCUGUACAGUGUGUAUGGUCAAGGUCACAGAGGACUCACCGUGUUGAGCGGUACUGAGCACGGUCUUCUCCCCAGUCCAUUGGUGGUGUAAUGAUCCCUGACCCUGUGGGGCUGAUGCUACUAACACACUAAUGUCUGCCACUCGGGCAGGCCCCAGUAAUGAUGCCAUUAACCUCAUGUAUUUAUAGGACACCGAGGCACCUUUCAUAAAGGAGCACAAUGACCUGUGGGUACUCUUCAGCAGGACUCUUCCCUCCCUAGAGAGAGGAAGAGAGAUAAAGAGAUAAAGAGAAAGGGGUGGCAGAGAGAGAAAGGGGGAGAGUAGAGAGGGGAGAUAGAGAGAUAACGAGGAGGAGAGGGGGAACAAGGGAGGCAGGUUGGCACCUGGAGCGAACAAUUACCCACUGUGGCGUCUAUAACCUAUGAGUUUCAGAUUGUACACAUAAGGCUGAAAAUGGUUAAUGACAAAGUAACAAACACUGUGUAUACUGACAUGAUUAUUAAUGUCAACAAUGAGUCAAGCACAUGGCUUAACCAGAAAGAGCAACAGAAUAUACAUGUAUAUAUAUUUAAUCCACAUUUUAUCAGUUUCUUUCAACAGUAUUGCGUGGGUAUUACCUGUUAUGUCUCCUCUCCUGUUUCUCCAGCCUUGCCCUUCAUCCUGAGAGGUCACUGGUGGCAACAGGUCAGGUGGGGAAGGAGCCCUACAUCUGUGUGUGGGACACCUUCAGUGUACAGACCAUCUCUAUCCUCAAGGACGGACACUCCCAUGGGGUGGCCUGCCUGGCCUUCAGCGCAGAUGGACAGGUGAAACACACACACUCCCGCACACACACCACCUCAUGCCCACAAGCCCACACGCAAGCAGACAUACACACACACACACACACACACACACACAGCCAAGCACGCACCACUUCUCACACACACACACUUCACCUCACGCAUACAGGCAUGCAUGCACACCUCUCAUCCACCUUUUCUCUGAGUGGAUGGGUUCCUGUGCUAUCACCCUGUUACCAAGGCAAACCUGUUUGACUGAAAAAUAACAAUACUUUGACACACAGCAAUGUGAAUGCUCCAUAAUUUGUGAGAUUGAAGCAUUCAUAGAUUUCUCCCAAUUAUAUCACAUGUAAAUGUACAUAAUACUGUAAAUGUGCCUUAUAUCUCACAUAGCCUAUAGCAAUGGGAAUGGGAUUGUGGUGGUGGGUUGCUGAGAAGCGAAGCCUGCUGGGUAACUGUGCAGGCUGGGGAUGAUGUACGGCUCUGCCAUUAAUCAUGUUAGCCCAUGUUUACUGGGGGGAAUGCUGGGACAGCACCAUUCUCCUAUGACCUUUAGCUUGAUGUAUGGGGCUCCAUGAGAGUCUCCUACAGCAGCAGCAGCCUGUUGAUGUCCCCCAUACAAGACCAGUAGGCUACACCUAGGGAAGAGGGAGAGGAAGGAAGGAAGGAAGGAAGGAAGGAAGGAAGGAAGGAAGGAAGGAAGGAAGGAAGGAAGGAAGGAAGGAAGGAAGGAAGGAAGGAAGGGAGGGAGGGAGGGAGGGCUGGCUGUUGUUGUUGCCUUCAUUGUGGUUUUGGAGUUGACAAAUGCAAUGUCACGUCAGAGGAGGCUGCGGCGGGUGAAGAAUGUGUCUGGGAGGAGAGGGAGGGGGAGAGAGAGGAAGGGUGGGUGAGGAGAGCCAGGGCUAAUGCUACCGUGUGUCUAGAUGAAGAGAAAAGGGAGGAAGGGAAGUAGGGCAACAUGUUGUAUCACCUCCUGCCCCUGGCAACCAGUCUACAUUACUGCUACACUGUAAUGGAGACCAACCAGGGUGGGGCAGCAAACAAGGUUUACCUCAAACCCAUAGUCAAUCAUAAAGACAUUUAGGCCUUAUCAUUUUAUUAGCUCCAUUCUGAAAUGCAUUAGAUGGCUGUUUUCUUGGAAACUCCUGUGUGCAGAGCGAGUAAACAAUUCUGGGUGAUGUCAUAUAACACAGAUGGAUGUCUUGUUUGGUUGGGAUUUAAAUGGAUUUGUGGACGAAUGGUUGUGGCAAACCACAAAUAUGACAAAACAUGUUUUCCUGAAGAAAAGAGAAUGUAUUCUCUAUCACUGAAAUGUAUUGAUUAAUGGAAACACACAUUACCAUUUCAUUGUAAAGUUAUCAGCACAUUAGGUCAAAUUACAUUUGGCAUUCAUCUCCUCUCUUUUGUACUCAGUAGAAUGGCCGUACUUACUUUAUAUUGGAGCAUCAAAUCAUAAAUAUCCCUGACGUUUAGGUCUAAUUUAUUUUCUAUCUGUUUCUUUGUCAUCCCAAUAUUCACCCUAAAAAUAUUGCACGGAGACGGUUGUCCAAAUGUUCCUAAAUGCCUUGCUCCUUUGUCUGAGUCAUAAAAUGGGUAAUUAACAAUUAACUCGCUGAAUGGUAAUUGCCGCCAGACUAAUUGGAAACAAUUUGCAUUCCUUUCCUCUCUACAGCGAGUGUGAUAAAAUACAGAAGGCGUUUUCAAUAGUGCUUACUGUAUUAUCUGCACAUGUCUGCACUGCCUGUGCACUCUCUAUAACAUCUCUAUAGCUGUCACAUAGAACAACUCUAUGUCUCCUGUCAUAGAAAUUAAUUGAUUAUGAAAAUAUGACUAUUUUCCUCCAUUUACAGUACAUGAAUGAAUAUGUAUUCAUCUUCCUACAUUGAAUAGAAACAGUCUCCCUCCUUUCUUUGCAGAUGAAUGAAUAGUUUCCCCUUUUUGUCAUUUUCAGCGGCUGGCUUCUGUGGGGCUGGAUGCCAAAAAUACAGUGUGUGUUUGGGACUGGAAGAAAGGAAAGAUACUGGCCACUGCGACAGGACAUUCAGACAGGGUAGGCUUUUGUGUGUGCUGUGUGCAUGUUGGCAUUUGUGUAUGUGUGUGUUGUGUAUUGAUUCAGUUGUAGAGUGUGUAUGUGAGUACCCAGUGUGUGUGUGGCAUGACUUUCUGUGUGAAUGAGAGGAAAUGUAUGUGUGUUAAUGGCUUGGCUGUCUUUCAGAUCUUCGAUAUAUCCUGGGAUCCCUUUCAGCAGAACCGGCUGGUGAGCUGUGGGGUAAAGCACAUAAAGGUGAGCUUCACAAUAACAACACAGUAUGCUCCGUGCUGUCCAGUCAGUUCAUACAUAACACUUGAGCCAAGUUCAAAAAUAACAUAUGGGGAGCUAUCAAUGUUGAGAUGGGUUACCCUGACCCAGUGCAGCCGGCAUCAGUCUAUUUUCAAGUUAUUUAACAUGUAAUACGUUUAUACGGUUGUUGUUAAAAGCUGCUUUUGGAACAACCUCAUAAACAGUUUGACAUGUUGUCAGUGGAGGAGUAAAUUGGCGCUAUCAGAUAUUCUAGCAGUAGAAUGAGAAAGUGGUGUUAGGGGGACUGGGGCAUAUUGUUUUCAAUUGGUACGCGUGAAGAGCAGUUGGAGGACGCCAGUUUCUAUUCAGUCAAAAGCAGUAAUCUGUUCUGUCAUUCCCCUCCGGAAGGGCUGUGUCCUACUAUACACACACACACACAACACUGAACUUACAGAAGAGCCCUCAGUUUACAAUAAAUAUGUAAAUACAUUCAGUACCAGUCAAAAGUUUGGACACACCUACUCAUUCAAGGGUUUUUCUUUAUUUUUACUAUUUUCUACAUUGUAGAAUAAUAGUGAACACAUCAAAAAAAUUAAAUAACACAUAUGGAAUCAUGUAGUAACCAAAAAAGUGUUAAACAAAUCAAAAUAUAUUUUAUAUUUGAGAUUCUUCAAAUAGCCACCCUUUGCCUUGAUGACAGCUUUGCACACUCUUGGCAUUCUCUCAACCAGCUUCACCUGGAAUGCUUUUCCAACAGUCUUGAAGGAGUUCCCACAUAUGCUGAGCACUUGUUGGCUGCUUUUCCUUCACUCUACCGUCCGACUCAUCCCAAACCAUCUCAUUUGGGUUGAGGUCGGGGAAUUGUGCCGGCCAGGUCAUCUGAUGCAGCACUCCGUCACUCUCCUUCUUGGUAAAAUAGCCCUUACACAGCCUGGAGGUGUGUUGGGUCAUUGUCCUGUUGAAAAACAAAUGAUAGUCCCACUAAGCCCAAACCAAAUGGGAUGGCAUAUCGCUGCAGAAUUCUGUGGUAGCCAUGCUGGUUAAGUGUGCCUUCAAUUCUAAAUAAAUCACUGACAGUGUCACCAUCAAAGCACCCCACCAUCACACCUCCGCCUCCAUGCUUUACGGUGGGAAAUACACAUGCAGAGAUCAUCCGUUCACCCACACCGCGUCUCACAAAGACACGGCAGUUGGAACCAAAAAUCUCAAAUUUGGACUCCAGACCAAAGGACAAAUUUCCACCGGUCUAAUGUCCAUUGCUCGUGUUUCUUGGCCCAAGCAAGUCUCUUCUUCUUAUUGGUGUCCUUUAGUAGUGGUUUCCUUUGCAGCAAUUCGACCAUGAAGGCCUGAUUCACACAGUCUCCUCUUAACAGUUGAUGUUGAGAUGUGUCUGUUACUUGAACUCUGUGAAGCAUUUAUUUGGGCUGCAAUUUCUGAGGCUGGUAACUCUAAUGAACUUAUCCUCUGCAGCAGAGGUAACUCUGGGUCUUCCAUUCCUGUGGCGGUCCUCAUGAGAGCCAGUUUCAUCAUAGCCCUUGAUGGUUUUUGCGACUGCACUUGAAGAAACUUUCAAAGUCCUUGAAAUUAUCCGUAUUGACUGACCUUCAUGUCUUAAAGUAAUGAUGGACUGUCUUUUCUCUUUGCUUAUUUGAGCUGUUCUUGCCAUAAUAUGGACUUGGUCUUUUACCAAAUAGGGCUAUCUUCUGUAUACCAACCCUACCUUGUCACAACACAACUGAUUGGCUCAAACGCAUUAAGAAGGAAAGAAAUUCCACAAAUUAACUUUUAACAAGGCACACCUGUUAAUUGAAAUGCAUUCCAGGUGACUACCUCAUGAAGCUGGUUGAGAGAAUGCCAAGAGUGUGCAAAGCUGUCAUCAAGGCAAAGGCUGGCUAUUUGAAGAAUCUCAAAGAUAAAAUAUAUUUUGAUUACUACAUGAUUUCAUAUGUGUUAUUUUAUAGUUUUGAUAUCUUCACUAUUAUUCUACAAUGUAAAAAAUAGUAAAAAUACAGAAAAACCAUUAAAUGAGUAGGUGUGUCCAAACUUUUGACUGGUAGUGUAUGCCUCACAAACAGUAGCAAUGGAGAAUCGUUUUUCUUGUUGUUUUGUUUAUAUAUAUAUAUAUAUAUGUGUAAAUAUAUUUAUAUAUAUCAAGUUAUGGUGUGAGACAUACAUCAUUGAGCCUAUUGUGCCCUUUGGCCAUAAAACUACUUUCAUGGACAUGGAAUCUUCUUAACUGACCGCUGUGAGCUUUAUUAGAAAUAAGCCCCAUGCUAUCUACCCUGAGGUGAUCAGGCUGGCAAAUGAACAGUCGUGAUUUAGAGCAACGGUUCUCCAAACGCACUGUGACAGCAGCUGAUCUCUGAGCUCAUGUUCUCUCUCUCUUCCCUCUAUCCUUUCCUGUCAUUAUCCACCUUAUGUUAUUUUUUCUUUCCUCUCUCUACCUCUCCUCCCAUUGCCUGUUUUAUCCACCUUUCUCUUCACCUCUCUAAUUAUCUUGCUUCGCCUUUCCUUCCCCUACCUAUGCCUACUUGUACUUCUCUCUCAUUUCCUGUCUCAUCUCUCCUUCUCCAUCUUUCACUCGCUUCCCCUUCUCCAUGUCUCUAGUUCUGGGCUCUCUGUGGCAAUGCGUUGACGCCCAAACGGGGGAUAUUCGGGAAGACAGGCGAUCUACAGACCAUUUUGUGUGUGGCAUCGGCUAAAGAUGAUGUCACAUACUCUGGGGCUUUGAAUGGGGAUAUCUACGUGUGGAAAGGACUGAACCUUUUACGCACAGUGCAGGCCGCUCAUGGGGUGAGUGAAAUACGCACUCUAAACGCCUAUAAUCUCUUACACCCCUACACUGAAGCAACUCAAUUCUCCUUACUCAAUUCCCCUUCCCUCCCUCUGCAUCCCUACCCUGAAACCUUCUUUGUAAAUCUCUAAGGCCUUUAAAAAGCAUUGAAAAUAAUGAUUUUGCCCCCUUUUUGUGUCUCCAAUACAGAAAUAGACUUUUUGACCCACAUUCCUAUCAUAUUCCUUUCCAAGUACCUUUUUCUAUGCACAGAACAGUUUGAUAAUCCCCCUGCCUAUGACUAAAGUUGACUGCACUGUGUGUAGGCUGGGAUCUUCAGCAUGUAUGCCUGUGAAGAGGGCUUCGCCACGGGGGGACGUGACGGUUGUGUCAGGCUCUGGGAUGUGGACUUCAAGCCUAUCACCAAGAUCGACCUUCGGGAGGCUGAGCAGGGGUAUAAAGGUAUGCCUCAUGAACCUGGUUUAACUACUGCUCUUGGUGAUAAUAUAUUAUGGUUCUCAUUAAAAAGCCAAUUGCAUAAGCUAUUGAUGCUAAAGUUACUUCUGAUCAUCCCAAACAAGUCAAUGGCCUCAUGAAAAGUUACAAUUUCUUUUGGGUAUUUCUUUCUGGUAUUCACCUCUUUGUUUGCAUGCUUGUCAAAAUGUGGUUAUGCCGUUUGUAACCCAGAAUGUAUACAGAUGAAAUGUGAGAAAAACUGGACGUCCAUGUUGGUUCUCUCUACCUGUGAAGGGGGAAAAAAUCGAUACAGUAACAUUUUGCGAUAUUAUUUUGGAUGAUAUUAUACUGAACAAAACUAUAAACGCAACAUGUAAAGUGUUGGUCCCAUGUUUCAUGAGUUAAACUAUAAGAUCCCAGAAAUAUUCCAUUCACAAAUUGACAUCCUUGUUAGUGAGCAUUUAUUUAUCUUUUGCCAAGAUAAUCCAUCCACCUGACAGGUGUGGCAUAUCAAGAAGCUUAUCAAACAGCAUGAUCAUUACACAGGUGCACCUUGUGCUGGAGACAAUAAAAGGCCACUCUAAAAUGUGCAGUUUUGUCACACAACACAAUGCCACAGAUGUCUCAAGUUUUGAGGGAGCGGGCAGUUGCAUGCUGACUGCAGGAAUGUCCACCAGAGCUGUUGCCAGAUAAUUUAAUGUUAAUGUCUCUAUCAUAAGCCGCCUCCAACGUUGUUUUAGAGAAUUUGGCAGUACAUCUAACCAGCCUCACAACCGCAAAACCACGUGUAACCACGCCAGCCCAGGAUCUCCACAUCCGACGUCUUCAUCUGCGGGAUGGUCUGAGACCAGCCACCCGGACAGCUGAUGAAACUAUGGGUUUACACAACCAAAGAAUUUCUGAACAAACUGUCAGAAACCGUCUCAGGGAAGCUCAUCUGCGUGCUCGUCAUCCUCACCAGGGUCUUGACCUGACUGCAGUUCGGCAUCGUAGCCAACUUCAGUGGGUAAAUGCUCACCUUCAAUUGCCACUGGCACACUGGAGAAGUGUGCUCUUCACGGAUUAAUCCCGGUUUCAGCUGUACCGGGCAGAUGGCAGGCAGCAUGUAUGGCAUCGUAUGGGUGAGUGGUUUACUGAUGUCAACAUUCUGGGUUUAUGGUAUGGGCAGGCAUAUGCUACAGACAUCCGCCACCAUCACAUCAUGUUUCAGUAUGAUAAUACACGGCCCCAUGUCGCAAGGAUCUGUACACAAUUCCUGGAAGCUGAAAAUGUCCCAGUUCUGGCCUGCAUACUCACCAGACUUGUCACUCAUUGAGCAUGUUUGGAAUGCUCUGGAACGACGUGUUCGACAGCGUGUUCCAGUUCCCGCCAAUAUCCAGCAACGCACAGGCCAUUGAAAAGGAGUGGGACAACAUUCCACAGGCCACAAUCAACAACCUGAUCAACUCUAUGCGAAGGAGAUGUGUCGUGCUGCAGUAGGCAAAUGGUGGUCACACCAGAUACUGACUGGUUUUAUGAUCCAUGCCCCUACCUUUUUUGCCCCUAAGAUAUCUGUAUUCCCAGUCAUGUGAAAUCCAUAGAUUAGGGCCUAAUGAAUUUAUUUCAAUUAACUGAUUUCCAUAUACAGUAUGAACUGUAACUCAGUAAAAUCUUUGAAAUUGUUGCAUGUUGCGUUUUAUAUUUUUGUUCAGUAUACAUUGAUACUUUCGUGUUUUUGUUUGUUGCUAGGUAGCGUUAGCUAGCGCUCGUCGGCUGUACCUGCGGCAAAAAAUAAAUAAUUAAUCCUAUAGCUUGUUCUCCAUCUUCUUUUUCAAAAGUGAGCCAACAUGUUUUCAGCACUUUUAUUUCCAUGACUGAGCAAAACGAAUUAUCGUGAUAAUGUCGCAUCGUGAGGUUAAUGGCAAUUUCCAGCCCUAUUCUGUACUCAAUAUUUUAAUUGAUAGACAGGAGCAGGUGUGAAGUUAGCAUGGUGCUAAAUGGUUGGUGAGCAUUAGCCCUCUGAUCAAUUAAACAUCACAGAGUCUAAGCUGUGUGCAUUAGCAGGCAGGCCCUUCACAGGUCCGUGGGGGACGCCAGAGUAACACGGGGCCACAGGCUGAUCAAACCAUGUCAUAGUCCGCAUAUUUGUGCUUGUCCCUGGGGUAUCAUGGGUAAUUAGGGUAGCUGGGUGAUGGAGAGGAUGAGAGGCACAUCCUUAUGAGGAGAUCCAUCUAAGUUCACAGGGUUGUGCGUGCACUGUGCUGUCUAUAGAAGGGGCACGCUUCUGUUGCAGGGGUGUGUGAGCAGGUCGAUCCAGACACUGAUGUAUGUGUACAUGGGUUAACAUACUGUAACUAGGGAGUAUGUGUAGGUCACUUCAGUCAGUGUGUGUGUGCUGCCUAAUAGAGACCGAUGUGUGUUUAGCUCAUUGAGAGCCCUGCCAUGAUGAUUUAUUAGCCUGUCCCUGUGGAUGUAUCACUGACACCUGUUGACUGGGAACAGAUACAGAGGACAGAGAGAGACCGACAGAUAGAGACAGAUUAGAUCAAAUAUGCCACUCAUCCAUUUCCAUUCAUAUGAGCCAGAGCAGGCCAUGUUAGUCCAAUCAGACAGAGAAACAAAAUAUUGUUAUAUUCUAGGGGCCUGAGAGAGUUUGACUGUGCUGUAUGGAUAAAACAGAAUAAAGAAGUUAAGAUAAAACAUUUUUCUAAACCUUUGACAGAUGGCAUUUAGUAAACUCCCCUUUUCCAUAGCCUUAUUUUGUGGAUUCCUUUUUCUCUAUGCCUCCUGUUAAAUUGAGGAAACCAUCAGUGGCACUCAUGUAUUAUCAAUGAGUCUCUUUUCUCUUCCCUUCCUCUCAUCCUCUGUUCUGAGCGGUGGCUGCCUGGCUGUUUGUGGUAGCUAGGGGCUGGUUAAAGCAGAGUAAAGUUCUGUGUCCCCAGCCAGCCCUAGGGGUGGGGAAUACUAAUAUCUGAAGGCUGUGGCCUUUCUGAAAGCCCCACAGACAACAGGUACACCCUGGGAUUAGAUAAUGGCAUUGUUGGGUGUUUGGUGGCCGGUCAAAGACCUUAGGAAUAAAUAUUGUAACAUGAAUUUUGAUUGGGUUUAAAUCAAUCUUAUGCAAAAGGUAUAAUGUUCAACUUUUCCGAACACAAAUGAGUAGACAUGCCAUAAACCUUCAUAACAGCUUGUGGCUCUAGAUUAGAAAGUGCUCCCAAUGAUUUUUGUACCCUCCGUAUUAAGGGUUUCCUACAUCUGUUCUUGAAAGUUUUGAGUCCCAGUGAAGGUUUGAUUCCCAACUACGGAUCAGUUUUAGUGAGAGGAAAUCUGAGAUAAGAAUCCACAUUAAUUACUUUUUUGAAAUGGUUAUUCCCCCAGGGUGUCAAAUCUGAAGUGUAUUGUGCAGCCAAUUAACUCUAGUUCAUGUUACUCCGGUUGCUAUGUAUUCUGUCCAUACACACAGAUUAUGAGACUGGUUUUGGUUGCCAGGUCCCCUGUUUGCCUACACAGACAUAGGAUCUUAAUUUGAUCACUUUUGUAUUGUAUUUGAGUUUUAAAAAGGCUUCUAAAGUUUGUCAUUUCCAUUUUGAAAUUUCAGACUUGAUUUGCCCUAAUGAAAAAUGUAUCAACCCCUACAAAUAUGUACAUUAAUUAUAAUUCACAUAAUAAUUCACAUUUCCUGUUGCUACAGGAUUAUUUUCCUGCUGUAGCAAACUGGCUAAAAUGAAGAUCCUACAUCUGUACAUUGGCUAUAGCUGGUUUCUGGUUGCCAGGUAUUUUUGCGUGUAAUGUUAGUGAGAUGUUGUUUUAGGAAGAGUCUGAGGAUCUGUAGCUGUGCUUUUCCUGACUCAGUUAGAGACUAUUUAGUAUUGAUGAGGGGCAUUGGGUGAUGUCUUGCAUUGGGGGAUGUCUUGCUGAUGUCUUGCUUGCUUGAAAUGCCUUCACUGUAGUAGCUCAAUCUGUUCCUCCCUCUAUAGAGUUUUCUGCUUCAUCUCUCUCUCCUCAAAUGAAAGUCCACCUGCAUUAGUCACGCAUCACUCUGUGGAAAAACUCGCCACCAGAAAGUUGUCUGAAUGUAAUAGUUUCUAACUCUGGAUUGAAGUGUAAUACACAUUGAAGUGGAUUAGAUGCUACCCUUCAUCACCUGCUGAAGAACGGGUGUGAUUGCAUUCAAUCCACCUCUUUUGUUAUACAUGACAGAGCAUUCAUUAUUUGCGGUGUCUUUCUCAUCCAUCUCUCUAUCCCUCUUUCUUUCUUCCUCUCCCUCCUCCCUCUCUCUCAGGGCUGUCUAUUCGUAGUGUGUGUUGGAGGGCAGACCGUAUCCUGGCGGGGACGCAGGACAGUGAGAUCUUUGAGGUGAUGGUUCGGGACAGAGACAAGCCUCUGCUCAUCAUGCAGGGUCACUGUGAGGGAGAGCUCUGGGCUCUGGACGUCCACCCCAAGAAACCGCUUGCGGUGACUGGCAGUGAUGACCGAUCUGUACGGUCAGUCUUAAUUCCAGCAGCAAUUUAGCUCGUACAUCAGCUUCCUCAGGAGCAUCUUUACACUAGCGUCUUCAUAGACCCAGUAGUUAUCAUCAGAGCUUUCGUCUCUAAUUUAUCCUUCUCAGUUUACCCAGGCCACCAUCCCUGUUCAUUCUAUUUUAAUCUACCACUUCAUCCAGACUUUUCAUCUUAAUUACAUCCACUCAGUGAACCCUGACCAGUAGUACUACUCGUCCUGCUUGGUUCACUGGUUCUCCUCUCUUUCAGACAGCCGUUAGUUUGUAAGACACUGUUCUACGCAUUUCUAACCGAGACAGUUCUAGCCCAGAGUUCAGAGCUAGCUAUAGAAAAGUCACAGUGCCAGCCUGUGCAGGGGACAGAUAAUUGAUAAUGAGGCCACAUGCCUGCUAUCCGUCGGACAGGAUCAGUCCCUCCACAACACACACAGACCCACACAACCCCUUUCUACCAGGAGAGACAGAGCUCUCUGUGGGCCCGGUAACACUGUAUUUUAACAGUCCAUAAUAAACCAUUAAUUAAUCAUUACACCCACAUUUAUAAACCAUCUAUUUAUCAUAAGUAAAGUAUUUUUGCAGUGCCUAAUCUAAAGUGAGCACUAUCUAACCCUAAUCCUAACCCUUAACCUAACCUAACCCUAACCGGUAUGCAACCUUUUUGUAAAUGCCUUAUAAAUGGUUUAUUUACGGACCGUUAAAAUAAAGUUUAACCCUUAAUUCAAGACCACACGCUGCAGCUGUAACUAGCUCAUUAAAACAUCUGUCUAAGUCACUUAGCUGCUACUGAUAUCUUCCUCUCUUAAUACAUUCUUAUGGCUGUGGCCAGUGGCGGCUCCUGAAAAAAUUCUCAGGGGGGGCAAUUUUUCUGAUGAUUUAGGUGACCUACACACAUUUUAAAAAAGAUAUGUCCAGCAACAACAUGAAGACAGGGGCAGCAUAUAAGUCAAUACCAGAAGCAUUUAUUGACUGAUCUCAAAAGUGUUGGCUUACCAGGGUUGGUGGAGCCCUCAGUUUCAUCUUUGCCUCGCAAAGCUAACUCAAACACUCCGCAAAACUUCACACACUGGAUUAGCCGGCUGAGGAUGUGGCGGUUCUUGCUAAUGUCGUAGUAAAUAUAUUUGUUAUAGUGAAUAUGGAAUAUGAUAUGUUGAGUAAAAUGUUGUGCUAAGAUCUAUUUAGGUCAGGAGCUGGUUAUAAGUUCUGUUCCUAUCCAAUAACAAUGGACAAAAGGGUCCUAUCUUGUCAGCCUUGUCAGCAGGUGGCCAAGGACAACACCCACGCCAUAGGCCUCUCAGUUCUUCCAACUCACGAGUUCUUGCUCUGAGGACACACACACACACACACACAAACACACACACACACACACACACACACACAUCAUCACUGUUAAACACACACACACACACACACACACACACACACACACACACACACAUCAUCACUGUUAAACACACACACACACACACACACACAAAAAUCCCCUCUCUUAGGCUGAACAUUUGAAGACAGAGAACCCGACUCAGAGCCAAUGCAACAGUGACAGUAGCCUGGAGGGGACCUCGCCCAACUCAUCAGGACCAAUCAGAAGAUCAGAACUACUAGAUUCAACCUACUUCAUUUAUUGCAUAAAAUGUCUGCACACAAUGUUUCGGGGCUCUCUUCAGAUAAUAAUAAUAAUAAUAAUAAUAUGCCAUUUAGCAGACGCUUUUAUCCAAAGCGACUUACAGUCAUGCGUGCAUACAUUUUUGUGUAUGGGUGGUCCCGGGGAUCGAACCCACUACCUUGGCGUUACAAGCGCCAUGCUCUACCAGCUGAGCUACAGAAAGUGGAUACUCAUGGAUGCGCAUCGCAAUUGUAAAAUGUCAACACAAUUGGAGACACCACGUCAUUUUUGGAGACAUGUUAUUGACAGUAAACUAUUGUAGAUGCGACUGCUAACUAAAUAAAACAUUUUAGCUGGCUAGCUAAUCAUCUUAGCUAAAUGUGGGGCAAACAAUUCAGUUAUUUACCGUUAAUUUGAGGGAUUGGGGUGAAAGAAAUCGAGUUACAUAGUGAUACUUUACGAUAUACUGUAUUGACAAUAUCGCAAUAUUUUAGCGCUAGUUGGCUGUACCUGCACCAAAACACCAUUAUUGUUCCUUCAUAGCUUGUUCUCAAUCUUUUCACAUUGGGAGCCAAUUUGUUUUCAGCACUUUUAUUUCCAUGACUGAUCAAAACUCGUUCUCAUGGCUUUCUGAUCCCUCUGCAACAGACAUAUGGUGCGCAAUAAAAUCACAGUAUCGAAUCGCAAUACGUAUAGAAUCAUGAGACUCGCAAUGCUGAUGCAUAUAUCUUAUCGUGAGGUUCCUGGCAAUUCCCAGCCCAAGUUCAUUUGCCACAACAAAUCUCUUCGCUAGCAAACGCGAUGUCUUCUCCAAAACGGCAAUGUGUCUCCAGCAAUGUUUACUUUUUUGACGUUCUAUGGCAUCUCCACUUUCCAAGCAUAUAUGACCACAUGUAAUAUUUUGGUAAGUGAUGCAAAUAGUGAACUAUGUAGGGCCAGGAUGUAAAAUAUAUGUAGCUGCAGCAAUUUCUCUUAUCUGAUAUGGUAAGUAAUGGGGCUUAAUUUAUAGCUCCCUAAGAGUUUGACGAACGGGUCCGUGCACGCGAUUCCAGAUAUCUUUACCUCUGAAUAAACUGCCUUUAUUAUACCAUAUCCACCCUGUCCAAAGUCUCUACUUGGUCUCAGUUCUCCAGUAAACUUGUGAUUAUCAACACUAACCUCAUCGUUGUGGCGGCGGACAGCUAGCCUGUAUCCCUCAUCAAGUUGAGUGGCAAUGUUAUUUUUCCGUUCGUACCAAUUUUUGGAAAAUCCUCGGGUGUAGGACUUUCCGCCUUUAGUAGAAACCUGUUGAAUUAUUAAAUUUGGUCUGGGAGGUCCUAAUUGUUUCGUUGCCAAUUUAUCUUCAUUUGUUCGCCGACAAAAAGGAACUUCUUUCAAAGACACAAUCCGCUCUUUUCUCAGUUACGUUCAUGGUUACGUUACGUUACGUAUGACGAAAGCGCGUAAGUGCAAGCCCUCAGACACCCAUAGAGAUUGUAUUGAAGGCUCUGAAAUUUGAAAAAAAUAGAUUUUACAUUAGAGGCUAUGAGAGACUUCUGGGCGAUUUUCAACCUGACUGAAAUCGCCCCAAAAGGGGGGGGAGCCAUUUGAAGCACGACUUUAGCCUGAUUCGACAUUUAGUGGCAGUGUGGCACUGUGGCAGAUCAGACGUAUAGAUUACAACACUGAUAACUACUGUUGCCGUGAUAUAAUUGAUUAGAAAAAAAAUCCCUUCCUUUUCCCGUUUGGCAGUGCGUCGCCCAUAUCGCCCUAUUGAACAGGCCGCCCCUGGCUGUGGCUACAGAAGCAAUGUCCAUAGCUGAAACUGUGCUGAUUGGUUACGACUGUGUGUGUGUGUGUGUUUCUGUGUGUGUGUGUGUGUGUGUGUGUUUCUGUGUGUGUGUGUGUGUGUGUGUGUGUGUGUGUGUGUGUGUGUGUGUGCGUGCGUGCGUGCGUGGUGUUCUCAGGUUGUGGAACCUGGCGGACCAUGCCCUGAUAGCUCGCUGUAACAUGGAGGAGGCAGUCCGCAGUGUGGCCUUCAGCAACGAUGGCUCUCAGCUCGCUCUGGGCAUGAAGGACGGCUCCUUUACCGUGCUCCGAGUCAGGUACUGCUAAAAUGUACCUUCACUACCUACCUUUAGUCCCUAGAGUCAGUUAAACUAACACCCACUCACUCACACACCUGUAGCUCACAGUUACAGAAAACAUCCACUAACGAACACUGUUAGGUCCUAGUGUCAGGUAAAACAAACUCCCACCUUCCAUAUCACUACCUACCUUUAGUCCCUAGAGGCAAGUGCAGUACAGCACGAACUGUCUUGCACAUUUAGUUCCCAAAUACAGGCACCACUACCCACACCUGUAGUCCUUAGACUCAUCUUUAGGACAGCAAGCACUCCUUUCACAAUCUGCUUUAGAGCUCAGUGUUUAGUACAGACUCUCCUAUCGGGUAUAGGACCAUCACCUCCCCCCUUUACUGCUCCAGGUUCACGCAUCUCCUAUAACCCACCUUAAAGGUUACUACAAGCUUCACUCCGUUGAUCUAGUGCGUGCGUGCGCGUGGGUGGAGUGGGAUUUUUGGAGCAGUGGACACCUUUUAGUAACAUAAUAUCCUCACCAGUCCCACUCCCAUUCACAAGGGGGUGAUAUUUUUUUUUAUUUUUUAUUUUUUAUUUUUUACAUUUUGUGAAAGCAAGGAAAGUCACCUUCCCUUGCCAGUAGUAGCUAGCUGGCAGCCUGGCUAGCAGGCUUUAGCCUGGCUAAAAACAUAGCAAACUAGCUAGCUUUUUUAGCUUCCCACAUCUCCAUGUGAAAUAAUCAAAUUUAUAAUUAAAAGAUAUGCCCUGCUAAAUAUUCAUAUACUUGCUGGUGUAACCUAAAACAUUAUCCCAGUUUGAUAUGCUGCUUGUGUAUUCAUUACAAUAUCAGCUAAAAAUAGAACAUCAUGUUUUGGUCAUGGAGAAAAAGCACAUGGCUAGGUAACGUUAGUUGGCUACAGCAGGUUCUACCAUUUCACAAUAGCCUGGAAUCCCUAGUUAUUACCUAUAAACCAAAUUCCUUUUUGGGUGGAUUUGUGUUGUUUGGAUUACUGUUUGAAAAGUCGCUGAUAUUAUUUAUAUUUGGUUAUCAAUGCAAAAAAUGACAUUGCAACACUGUGCUACGCUCCGUCUCCCUAGUGUGUGAAUUUACCUUAAGUGAUCUUUUCCCCAGUGGAAGCUCAGGGAGUGGUCAAAUGGUCAUUUAGGAAAAUAAUUUCAUUUAGGAAAAUGAAGGAACGUUUUUUACUAUGGUUAGUUAGCUUUCAUAAGUACUUGAAUUAUAGCAAAGCUGGCAAAAGUAUUUCCAGCAUCAAACUCUUCAGAUACAUCUUGUAAAGAAGGGCCAUAAAGUUAUGCAACCUAGCCUACAGUACCACCAUGGGCCAAAACCUCAGGUUUUAACAGCCUUCUACUGAGAUGCUGAAUUCAUUACUUAAAGCCUGACUGAAGGCCCCAGUUUAAUUUACUCCCCAGCAGAUUCAGUGGGUAUGCUGGCACUUUCCAUUAGGUUAUAGUAAAUUGGUCCGCAGUGCUGUUAAUCAAUACGUUUUGAAGUGGCUAAUCCCCACGCUGCACUGUGAAGUGAAUAGCGCUCCUGAUUUGCAUUUAGUCUAUCAGAAAUGAACGGGCUUACAGCAUCAGGAGCAGCUUUUUAUGAUUGUAUUGAAUUUAUGUUGCCUGAGGCUGUGUUGUGUUGUGCUGUAUGAUUUUGACUGAGAGCCGGUGCGUUUAAAAGGGUUUGACUUUUUAGCUACUUCAUCGUUGGUUUUAGCUGUUGGCUGAUUUUUGAGCCACAUACUGCACUGUAUACAUAGAUAUUCCCCAUAGGUUAUUCCCUAUGAUUACUGUUCACCAUAUCUAAUCAUUAGGAGUUUGUCAGGAUAAGGGACAAACAUCACUGGCACUAUGAUUCACAAUUCCAGCACAUUAUAAGAAUACGAAGCCAUACUGUCUAUACAUCCUGUGAUUACAUACUUUCCCCCCUUUGUGAUCGUACCAACAUAAACAUUACCAGAGAGCAAUUUAGACAGAAAAACAUCAUUAUGUCCCCAUCUAAAAUGACCCAUGAAAAAUGAGUUAAUCAAGUCUGGGCUGGCGGAAUUGCUUUUGGGUGGGCGCAGCAGGUGUGAUAAGACUGUGGUGGUUUCAUUGUAAUGCCUCCUCCGCAGAGAGAGACAGCAGGAAGAUGAGUUUAGUGGCAAGGUUCCCUCUCAGUGUUUCAGCUGGCCUCAGAGUCAUUAUGACAAUGAAUGGGCCCAGUCCAUCUGCUGCUGCUCACUGUUGGUUAGAUAGAUGAGCUACCAGCGAGCCUCCUGCGUAGAGCCAAGGGAUUCACACUUCUUUUCUCUCUCUCGCUCUCUCGCUCGCUCUCUCUCUCUCCCCCCCCCCCCCCUCCAUCUCUCUUCCCUCCCUCCCCCUCCUCUCUCUUCCCUCCCUCCCCCUCCUCUCUCUCCCCCUCCUCUCUCUCCCCCUACCCCCCUCCUUCCCCCCUCCUCUCUCCCUACCAGGGACAUGACAGAGGUGGUGCACAUUAAAGACAGAAAGGAGGUGAUCCAUGAGAUGAAGUUCUCUCCGGAUGGCAGCUACCUGGCUGUGGGCUCCAAUGACGGCCUGGUGGAUGUGUACGCCGUGGCACAGCGCUACAAGAAGGUGGGCGAGUGUAACAAGUCCUCCAGCUUCAUCACCCACCUGGACUGGUCCAUCGACAGCAAGUUCCUCCAGAGUAACGACGGGGCUGGAGAACGCCUCUUCUACAGGAUGCCAAGUGAGUGAAUCACCGCCACCGGCCGCCACCACGUUUUGGCAACAUUGUGACAAUGUUGUGCUUUGGCAGCUUGGCUUUGCUUUAGACAGAUUCUGCUGUCAAUUUGAGAGUGACUCACUUUGCAGAAAAAGCAACGCUUCAUAAUAACUUAAAAUUGUCCCCGUCUCUCUGAACUAUGCCAUGAUAAUCAUGGUAUAACUCCUAUUACCUCAGCUUACUGUGAACACAAUCAGUGAUUUAAUCUGAUUUAGCUGUUUCUUGUUUCCUUGUUGGGAGAAGGCACGUAAACACAUCACACAGCAAUCAGCUUGACAGUAAACACCAAUUAGGCCCAUGAAUAGAAGGUGGAUCAUAGCUAGCUUAGCGCCACGCCAAGCAAGCCCUUGUUACAGAACACACCAGCAGCAGCAAUCAUCCCAUCACAUCCGGCUUUAACAUCGAUGUGGUUAUGCAGUGAUUUCUUCUUAUUCGUCUCUUCUGCCUGUCACAGAGUUUCCACUUUCCUCUUCCCAGGCAAGGCUGCUCUCUAGGUGGCACUGUCUGAAACUCUAGACAGCUGCACAAGCCUCCCAGUCACUACAUAACCUCUGUCUGCACACACACACACACACACAAGCACAAACACACACACCUCUCUGUCAGCCAACACUAUGUGUUUGGAGAGCUGUGUGAAAAGCCCUGUCAGAGUGAGUGAAUCAGCGUUGCUCCAGGGUGUUUAGUGUCAGCAGACAGACUGUCUAGACUGACAGUAAGGAGGGCAACAGGUGAUGCUGCAGAGCAGACAGGAGAGAGGGAAAGAAAUAUUUUGGUUGCUACAUUUUCCUGGUAUUUAUUAGGAAAAAUAUUUGACAUCAAUGGGUACUUUCUUACACUUACCUCAAACACUUUACCUCAAUGUGUUUGUUUAUUUGUUUAUUUCCUGCUUCACUUAUCCGUCUUUUUAACAUUGCAUUAUUUUGGGAAUAUUCUCUUAGAAAGUCAAUUAAUUACGUUAAUGGAAUGACGUAAAUCGAGUGUUGAAGCAUGGUAGAUUUUCUAAUUUCACUUGUCCCAUAGGGAUUCUAGAUAGCUCCCUCUUCCCUGGGGGUUAGACUAACAAACCACACGCACACACACAAACAUUCAUGCCCUAAUUAAAAAAGGAGCUCCACAAGUGAUGCAAGCUUCGGACAGAAAAGGGCUCCCAGCUCUAGGCUUUGUUUACGAUGCUAUUUGGUUUAUUUUUUGCAUCAAUUAAACCCCUCAUUAACACAGGAACAGGGGAUUUGUGUGUUAAUACCUUCAGUCUCAUGUUUAUGUAACCUUUACCUGCUUAUUGAGUAAACGUAUUGUCUUUUAGUUCUGGCUAAGAACCUUAGCAGCUAGGUUAGUAGAGCUGUAACAUAGUCAACAUUAUUUAAAGGUGCUAUUAUUUACGCACAACAAGCUGGUUUUACAAGAUACAUGCAUUCUGCCCAUGUUUGUCUUCCAUCCUGUUUUUCUUCCCUGAAGUUGGGAAGCACCUGACCACUAAGGAGGAGGUAAAAGGGAUCCACUGGAGCUCAUGGACGAGUGUGAUUGGUCCAGAGGUGAGUGGGAUAUGGCCCAAGUACACCAACAUCAGUGACGUCAACUCUGUGGAUGCCAACUACAGCAGCGCCGUGCUGGUUACUGGAGACGACUUUGGCCUGGUCAAACUGUUCCGCUUCCCCUGCCUAAAGAAAGGUCAGUAAAUGUCUGUGUUCUGAAUAUGCAACAUGCCAUUUUUACUUUGCACUCAUUACAACAACAAAAAAAUGUGUACCCAUGCAAAUAUAGAAUGAUGAGAUAGGGAAUUAUGUUGAACACUCCCCUUCUCUCAUUUCAUUUUCACUCGUUUUUCUUUCCCUGAUGUUGUGAACAGGGGCAAAAUUCAAGAAGUACAUUGGCCACUCUGCCCACGUGACCAACGUGCACUGGUCUCACGACCUGCAGUGGGUGUUGACCACCGGCGGGGCCGACCACUCUGUAUUUCAGUGGAAGUUCCUGCCUGAGGGCAUCAUGAACGGAGGACUGGAGACCAAUAUACCACAAGGUACAGUAUUUAGCCAGAGGAACCUGGGGGUUUGAUUUGUUUACAUAUUUAUUGUAUGGUUCUAAUGAGAGCCCAUAUGGUUAUGUUGAGCUGGUGCUCUGAUAUAUGAUUUCAAAUUAUUAAUCUACCUUAAGAGAGUGACUACAGUACACAAUAUCCAUGAUCUUGUCAAAAGCCAAUGUAAUGACUAUGUGAGUGAUUGUUGCACCAGUGAAAUCAGUUUCCUUGCUGUCACUGUCUCCUGGUAUCGGUUCCCGCUAGAUGGCCAUGCAGAUUCCAACAGUGAGGAGUCUGACUCUGAUGUGUCUGAUGUCCCGGAGCUGGACUCUGAUAUCGAGCAGGAGACACAGAUAAACUACGACCGACAGGUGGGUAUGUGGAGCUUACAGACACUGGAGGGAGUCCUAUAUGCGUCAGACAGAAAGUGGGUGAAAUCAGGUUGAAAGAUGAUACACGAUGUGAGGGACACUGAGAAAGUUCCAUAUGAGGAACGGGGAGUGUCUUACAUGAUGCAGCAUUUGAUGCAGAGAUAGAAUGAGUGUCAGUACAGUUGUGGGAUCUUAAUUUGGCCAGUUUGUUCGCAGUAGUAAAAUAAUCCUGCAGGAGGAGGAUUUGAUUAUAAUUUUUAAAAAAGUGAUAAUUUCUUAUGGGAAAUUUGUUUUGAUAGACUACAGUAGACUAUAGUUUAGUUGUGAGGUCUAGUGAGAAAAAGAGAACUGCAGGUAUUCAGUGAAUUUAUGUAAAUCACAAGGCUAAUUUGAAUUUCCUGCGGCGCAGGGAAAUUAUCUGCAACAACAGGGUAAUCAAAUUAAGAUACUCUAUCUAUAAAUGAGAAUGACAGUUGAAUGAGAUGAGAGGAGAAUAUGCCCCAAUUAAAAUGGUGUCAGAAAAAAAACAUGAGAGACAAGAGAACACACUACUCAAGGCUUAAACAAUAACCUGUUUAAAUACCCUACAGUAGAUAAGGCAGAGAGAGAAUAAGUUGUUAGAACAACCCACAUUAGUCAGUGUAAUCUGAAUUGGAAUGGCCCGUGUUAGUCAGAAUGCCUCCAGCCAUGUACGAGGAUCCUGAGGCAUCCUGAAAGUCAAUGAAGGCGCCGAGUGGAGAUAUUCUGAUAUUGAUUGAUGUUAGCAGAGAGAGGCUGUGAGGCGGAUGGAAGGGGAGAUGAUAUAUUCAAAUAGCAGAGUGCUCCUAUCAGCGGCUUUGUAUGGGAUCAGCGCUGACUGAGACUCUAUUUGUCGGAAAACGCCUGGGUUGCCAUGGCAUCCAUCACAUGCCUUAUCUCCACUGGCAGCUGGAUCUGCAUUUGUUGCCGUGACGAUGCGGGUUGGUGCCACACGGAGCGCUGCCAUGUGUGCUCUGUAGAUACACGGCCGGCGGUGCCCGCACUGCUUAACUGUGGGGGAAAAAUAUUAUUUUCCCUGCUUCUCUUAAGACUUAAUUAUUGUCCUCAUGCAACACUUUGCAUUUCUUGAUUGUUUGUUGUCUGUUGUAUUUCAUAUCAUGGUUCGGUAAAGCAUAUUAUGUGUUGUAGGAGCAUGAAGUAAACUUGAUCACUAUUUAGGUACUUUAGUCAACCUUAGCUGCUUGUGAUUGUGGGGAAAGUGGAUGAAAGCAGGUUGACAUGAUGUACAAUAUGAGGGACUGCUGUUGUUACAGGUGUAUAAGGAGGACCUUCCGCAGCUGAGGCAGCAGAGCAGAGAGAAGAAGCAGCAGGUCGGCUCCCUAAAGCGCCAGAGAGGCCCAGACGAAGCUCUUCGUCUGAAGUUUGUCCACGGGUAAUGGGUUCUUAUGAAAGGUUCUUAUGGCUCUCAUUUUGACUGUGUUACUGAGUGUUCAUCAGAAAAAUACUCACACGUCAAAUUGGUUGAGAUGACACUCCACCAUUUGAAAUGACGUGAAAAGGACAGAUAUAUUAUAUUGAAUUGAGAAGAAAUGGUGUGUUUCCAUCGUGAUGAAACAAUCUCUCUAUCUGAAAUAGGCCUGUCUGUGUCAGCUGUUGGAAUAUGCAAAUCCCUUUUCAAAGCUGUAGUAUUUAAAUUAUUUUUGCUAAACCUUUUCAAGAUGUGUGAAGCAGUUAACUUUACUGAUUCAGCACAAGCAGCCAUUAAAGACUUCUCCGUAGCAGCUCUAAUACUCCCUCAGUGUCCUUUCCUUUUUGUAAAACUUAAAGACCUCACAGUGGGGGAGGCAGAAGUCUUUCAGUGUUUGAGCGAAUAAAUAAAUGCCACACAUUUGAUUAAAAUUCCCCACACACACCACAGGGUUUAUCAGGCCAUGUAGGGGAGAGACAGCAUAUGAACUGGGAUUUUAUUUGGAGUGCCUCUUAGAAAGGUGGUCCUCUGUAGCUCAGCUGGUAGAGCACGGCACUUGUAACGCCAAGGUAGUGGGUUCGAUCCCCGGGACCACCCAUACACAAAAAUGUAUGCACGCAUGACUGUAAGUCGCUUUGGAUAAAAGCGUCUGCUAAAUGGCAUAUUAUUAUAUAUAUUAUAAAGGGAUCAUACCUUCACUGUUUCAAAUUAAUAGCCAUCUCAUCUGAAUAUGUCCUUCUCUAGUCAGCUUUACAGAAACACCCAGGCACUCAGUCAAGGAAUGAAUUGACCUUUGUAUCAGUAUAAGUGACUUUCACUUUCCUUAAUAUAGUAGAAUUGUGUUUGUCCAUUAUGUUUGCAUUCCCGUGACCUAUUUCUGUGUGUGUGUGUGUGUAGGUACCGCGGCUACGACUGCAGAAACAACCUGUUCUACACCCAGGCGGGGGAGGUGGUGUACCAUGUAGCGGCGGUGGGCGUGGUCUACAACAGAGAGCAACACAGUCAGAGGUUUUACCUGGGCCACGAUGAUGACAUCAUCAGCCUGACCGUACACCCACUCAAAGACUAUGCAGCCACUGGACAGGUACACAUGUACACACACACACACACACACACACACACACACACACACUCUCUCUCUCUCUCUCUCCCUCCCUCCCUCCUCUUUUUCGCUCUCUUUCGCUUUCUCUCGCUCGCUCUCUCUCACACACUGAUCUUAAUCACCUCUUUGUGAAUGAAUCCAGGUUGGCAGGGACCCAGCCAUCCAUGUGUGGGACAUCCAAACCCUGAAGUGCUUCUCCCUGCUCAAGGGCUUUCACCAGAGAGGAGUUUGUGCCCUUGAUUUCUCUGGUAUGGCUCUGUAUUUUCCUGGGCAUGUAACUUAUGUCAUUAUCAGAUUUUAAUUUCAAUACCAGCCUGUGUUUUCCAUGAGUGUUCUGUCCCUAUGUCUGUUAUGAUGUCAAACUAAGAGUAGCAUGUUGUUCCUCUAUGUGCAGCGGAUGGGAAGAGUCUGGUCUCAGUGGGCAUUGAUGACCACCACUCUAUCAUUGUGUGGGAUUGGAGGAAGGGGGAGAAGCUGGCCACCGCAAGGUACUAAAAGCUUUUUCACACCAGCUGAAAGCUACUAUUUGUGUGAUCAGUGGGGGUGUGCAUUUAGACAUUUAGAGUUAUUACAAAAACAGGGUUUUAUAGAAUAGUUCAGCUAAGCUGGGUUCAAAUCUGGUUUUUCUCUUCUUUCAAAUGCUUUAGCUGCCCUUGAUUGAGCUUACCUGACACAAUGGAACUUAUGGUAUACAGUCGUGGUCAAACGUUUUGAGAAUGACACAAAGUUCGCUGCUUCAGUGUUAUGAGAUAUUUUUGUCAGAUGUUACUAUGGUAUACUGAAAUAUAAUUACAAGCAUUCCAUAAGUGUCAAAGGCUUUUAUUGACAAUUACAUAAAGUAUAUGCAAAGAGUCAAUAUAUGCAGUGUUGACCCUUCUUUUUCAAGACAUCUGCAAUCCGCCCUGGCAUGCUGUCAAUUAACUUCUGGGCCACAUCCUGACUGAUGGCAGCCCAUUCUUGCAUAAUCAAUGCUUGGAGUUUGUCAGAAUUUGUGGGUUUUUGUUUGUCCACCCGCCUCUUGAGGAUCGACCACAAGUUCUCAAUGGGAUUAAGGUCUGGGGAGUUUCCUGGCCAUGGACCCAAAAUGUCGAUGUUUUGUUCCCCGAGCCACUUAGUUAUCACUUUUGCCUUAUGGCAAGGUGCUCCAUCAUGCUGGAAAAGGCAUUGGUCGUCACCAAACUGUUCUUGGAUGGUUGGGAGAAAUUGCUCUCGGAGGAUGUGUUUGUACCAUGCUUUAUUCAUGGCUGUGUUCUUAGGCAAAAUUGUGAGUGAGCCCACUCCCUUGGCUGAGAAGCAACCCCACACAUGAAUGGUCUCAGGAUGCUUUACUGUUGGCAUGACACAGGACUGAUGGUAGCGCUCACCUUGUCUUCUCCGGACAAGGUGUUUUCCGGAUGCCCCAAACAAUCGGAAAGGGGAUUCAUCAGAGAAAAUGACUUUACCCCAGUCCUCAGCAGUCCAAUCCCUGUACCUUUUGCAAAAUAUAAGUAUGUCCCUGAUGUUUUUCCUGGAGAGAAGUGGCUUCUUUGCUGCCCUUCUUGACACCAGGCCAUCCUCCAAAAGUAUUUGCCUCACUGUGCGUGCAGAUGCACUCACACCUGCCUGCUGCCAUUCCUGAGCCUGCUCUGCACUGGUGGUGCCCCGAUCCCGCAGCUGAAUCAACUUUAGGAGACGGCCCUGGCGCUUGCUGGACUUUCUUGGGCGCCCUGACGCCUUCUUCACAACAAUUGAACCUCUCUCCUUGAAGUUCUUGAUGAUCCGAAAAAUGGUUGAUUUAGGUGCAAUCUUACUAGCAGCAAUAUCCUUGCCUGUGAAGCCGUUUUUGUGCAAAGCAAUGAUGACGGCAUGUGUUUCCUUGCAGGUAACCAUGGUUAACAGAGGAAGAACAAUGAUUUCAAGCACCACCCUCCUUUUAAAGCUUCCAGUCUGUUAUUCUAACUCAAUCAGCAUGACAGAGUGAUCUCCAGCCUUGUCCUCGUCAACACUCUCACCUGUGUUAACAAGAGAAUCACUGACAUGAUGGCAACUGGUCCUUUUGUGGCAGGGCUGAAAUGCAGUGGAAAUGUUUUUUGGGGAUUACGUUCAUUUUCAUGGCAAAGAGGGACUUUGCAAUUCAUUGCAAUUCAUCUGAUCACUCUUCAUGACAUUCUGGAGUAUAUGCAAAUUGCCAUCAUCAAAACUGAGGCAGCAGACUUUGUGAAAAUGAGUAUUUGUGUCAUUCUCAAAACUUUUGACCACGACUGUAGUCCUAAAAGUCUGACAAUCCAGGCAGGCUUAAUCAAGUGCUCAAAGUAUUUGAAAUAAAUCAAAUACUACUUGGACUCAGGUCUGUUGUCUUAAUGAUAACACAUUUGUAGAGUCAGUUAGGAGUUUUUUCCUGACCACAUUACCUGACCAGGAAAAACUCAGGGCUCUAUGUAUUUGAGCUGACAGAAUGUGAAGUGGAAAUUCUGUCUCGGUUCUUCCCAGGGGACACAAAGACAAGCUGUUUGUGGUGAAGUGUAAUCCUAUCCUUAUGGACAAGCUGGUCACAGUGGGAAUCAAACACAUCAAGUUCUGGCAGCAUACAGGUGUGCCCUCCUGUUCUCCCUGACUCUGUCUCUCUCAUACCAUCAGCAGUGUUGGUUGGGGAAGCUACUCUGAAAAUAUAGUUUACCAAUUACUUCACACUGGAAUAAAUUAAGCUACACUAAUGCUACCCUUAAGAAAAAUAUAGUUUAGUAAACCAAAGUUACUUUGAAAAAGUAGUUCACUGCAUCCAAACUACUUCAUCUAAAAAUUAUCAAAUGUAAAUCUGAAAUGUCAUAGACUACAAACUGCAAUAACAGAUCACUUUUGGGGUCAUAUGUAAACAGAAUGUGUAAUGUAGCCUAAAGCAAUGCUUCAAGUGAGAAUUAGGCACUGAUGCCGAUAAAGAAAAAGUAUUAUUGCCUACUUCACCCAUAUUUUAUUUUAUUUUGCAAAAAAAAUUGUGUAGUUACAGUAGUUAACUACACUGCUACAUGGGGGGGAAAGUAAUUAACUACUGAAUACACUACCUAGAUAUUAAAUUAGGUCAACUACCACCAAGCUACUGCAAAAUGUAGUUAAAUUACUAGUUGAACUACAUGUAGUUCACUACUCCCCAACACUGAUCAUCAGUCUCACUCUAUAGUCUCAAGUCCCGGCUUUUCUUUCAAGUAUAUCCUUCCAGGUGUUUUCACACUUAUUAUUUUAUCUUUAGGAAAGUGAUCCACCCUGUAAUUUUUCUUAUGAACAUAUGAACAACUCUAUCUAGCUUGUCAGGCAUGGUACGUUUAUGGAAAUCAAUUAAUGUAUGCCUGAGUUUCUAAUGGUGUGCUGUCUCUGAAGGUGGGGGCCUUAUGUUCAAGCGUGGCAUCUUUGGGAGCCUGGGGAAGCUGGAAACGAUGAUGUCCGUGUGUUACGGUCGGACAGACGAGCUGGUAUUCUCUGGAGCCGCCACAGGGGACAUAUAUGUCUGGAAGGAGCCCAUGCUGCUGAAGACCAUCAAGGCCCACGACGGACCUGUGUUCGCCAUGUACUCCCUGGACAAGGUUCUGUACUGGAAAUCAGCCCUGUCUGCUAUCAACAAACUGUUGGUCAACUAGUUUCCACUAAUCUUAUAAUCAUAAUCUCAUAAUAAUCAUAAUAAUCAUAAUAAGAUCAUAAUCUUUAUUGCAUGGUCAUUUUGACCAAUAACCAUUUAGAACGGCUCUAUAUUGUACUCAGUGGCUUCCCAACACCCACUUAGUGUAAAUAUUACAUUGGGGCUUCCUCCCCAUUGACUCAUAAACGCCCUAUAACUGCUUUAUGAAGUUUGUGUUCAUGUUCACUACAAUAAUAUCCAAGUGAUGGAUGUAUUAUGGAUGUAUUUAACUAUAAUUAGCAUGUAGAUGAGACAGUUAUCAAUAUUGUAGAGCUCUGAUGAGCAGCUAUGGAGAGAUGUGAGUGUAGUCAUGGUGGUUCUUGAGUUUGGGGGCAAACGCAGCAUCAUUAGGCAGCAAACGCAGCAUCAUUAGGCAGCAUGAUUAAGCCACACAUGGAUUACUUGCUUUCCUAAUUGGUCAUUUGCAGCCUGUCAUUUGACUGUAUGCAUUAUUAUGCUGUCUUAAAGUGGAACUGACAGCGUUUUAGCAAUAUGAAAUCUUAUUAGAAUCUGUUCCUAUAUACCCCUAGGAAGAAUAUGACACCUUUUAUUUUACAUUUUUUGACAAGCGAACACUUAGACUUAGAUAUGGUCAUUUUUACGUUUUCAUAAAUUCAUAGAAUGUUUGGGAAUUAUGUAUAGUAACGCAUUUGGGAAAAUUAUAUAGCAAUAUAGAGUGGGAAAGCAGCAGUCCAUUUGGACAAUUAAUAGACACUUCAGUAAAUAAAACCUAAUAAAAACAUCUGUCUUGUCCAGGACCGGAGUCUACGCAAACCCGUGCGCCAUCGCCAAUCAGAGCUUUACAGUAGGCCUUUAUGCCAAUAAGCCUUUUGCCACACGGGCCUGCCAUCAUUCACUUUGAACUGUGUGUUUACAGGCAGUAAAAACAGCGCGACAUUAGAUCAUUCGAACGUAUUCGCCAAAAGCCACAAAAUACACCUGAGUGGAUUUCUGCAAACCUGUAAAUACCUCUUACAUCUGGGAACUUUACAGUCCUAUUGAUCAAACAACCAUGGAAAGGUAGGCUUUCUCCCCCUCGGUUAUGCACAACAACAACAAGAUCAACAACUAAUGCUAGCCAGAGCGAGAUGAGCUAAACAUCUCAAGCUUUUUCAGCUAGUUGGCCAUCAAAAUUGCACUGUUAAACGAUGGGAAUAGUAGCCUGCUCGUCCUUCUGCUGCUUGCCUGCCAAUGCAUGCUUGUCUCAACCCACGUUUUGACAACUGAAUGGGAAUUUGCCUGCCCACCCAUUUGAUCAAUGCCAAAUACAUUUAAUUGACAACUAAGGUUGUGUUUGUAAAUUGCCUCCAGUGUGUCAGAGUACGCUCUAAUGUCUGUUCAUAAAUUCAGAGCAUUCUGCUCCUGGAGCGUUCAGAGUGCACGCUAUGGCUGAACACCUCACUCUGACCAUUUUACUCGCCCUAGCGGAGCUGGUUAGGCUGUUUACAUGUUAUCUAGUGCGUUAGCGUAGCGACUAACUGUGCUGCUGGCAACAAUUUCAUAAUUUGUUUUGCCAACUUUUACUGGCACCGGUCAUAUUCAGCGGGUGUUGCGCGUUCGUAAAUUCAUCAGCCUUGUUCUGCACUCUGGCACACUCAAGAGGAGAGAGCUCUGAAAUCGGAGUAGAUAGUCAUUGUGAAUUUACGAGCGCAAGAGAUAUGCUAACUGGUUCAGGUUCAGCAUAGCUAUCUAGCUAGCAAAGCGAUUCUCAUUUCUUGCUAGCUAACCAAAUGACACCUGCAUCUCUAGCUGUAGCCACCAAUAAACAAUAAGGGGGAAAGUUCGGUCACUCACCCACUCCUCCAAUGACAUGACAUCCUCCCAGCAGCUAGCUAGUUAGGCUCCGUGUUUUUAGCUUGCUAAAUAAAUAGCUACAUAAAUAGAAACGCUAACCUAUUAGCCACAUUAUGAGUAUGACUGACUUAUGAUCAUUGCCCUUGCUAGUUUGAUUGUAUUGAUAUUCCCAGCCUUAGUUACAUUCCUCCAUUUUAGUCCAAAGUAUGGAGUCAUUGAAACUAAAACAGUGCAUCCCGAAUAGGUGGAUGGGCCCCAGAGGAGGCUGCUGAGGGGAGAACGGCUCACAAUAAUGGCCGGAACGGAGCAAAUGGAAUGGCAUCAAACACCUGGAAACCAUCUGUUUGAUGUAUUUGAUACCAUUCCACUGAUACCACUCCAGUCAUUACCACGAGCCCGUUCUCCCCAAUUAAGGUGCCACCAACCUCCUGUGGUGGAGUCAACAAACACAAACAAUGUACCAGACCAGCUGUGAUUUACAACCUGAUAUUUUUGGGACUACCAAGAAAUGUAUUGGUGAAUUAUAUUAAUCAUACUGUACAUUGAACUGCAUCAAUCUAUUCUGCCAACAAUGCCUUACUGCAGUAGCUGUGCAUGGGUAAAAUCACUGGGGAAGCCAAGUAUUACAUAUUACAACCUAUGAUAAUUGCGUUGUUUACUCUAUAACAUGUUAAUUCAUAUGCCUUGCGACCGUAAUAUAUAGGCCUAAAGGCCAAGACAAUUAGAAGACUCAGUGGCAGAAUAAAUUCAACCACAACUUUGUUUUAUCACAAAACCAGAUAGCAACCUCUGUCCAGUGAAGUCCACAAAGCAUAUUGCAUGUACAGUAACAGACAGUUACAUGACCUACAGCAUGGUCAAGAAAGUUAAUGUUUCCGACAUUUCCGGACCACUAAACAACUAUUGAUUUAGAACCACAGAGUUACCGCAAGUCACAAAGAAAACAGAAGCUGCCUUCUCUAUUCCAGCACCAUUUCAGCAUCAUGAAAUCACCUCUGCUUAGUCUAAUACAGUGACAUCUAAAAUAUACAAAAAACAAUUUAGUCCAACCAACGUAAGCUAAAUAUCAUGUCCAUGGUUCUGAUUCCUGUGUGCUUGUGUGUGUGUGUGUGUGUGUGUGUGUGCGUUCGUGCGUGCGUGCGUGCAAGUAGAAAAACAUGUUGACUCACCCUACUUGUAGAGAAACGGCAAUGCCAUCCUCCUCUCUUUCAUGUUAACGAAACGGUCUAUCACUCUGUCAUACAGUACACGCUUUUAUUUUUUGUUGUCCUAGGCUACCUGGCUAAAAUGCUUGCUCGCUAGCCUAACUUCCAUUCAUAGACAACGUUAGCUAGUUAACAUUAGCCUUCUACAUCUAGCUACAUAUUGAACUUCCAUCCUCUCAGGCCAGGGGCACAACAAUGUAUGAAUUCAUGGUUGGAUUAGAAUCGCCGUUAUAAUCAUUGGCCAGUAUGGAGAAUUAAUUAAAAUCACAAGUCCAAAUCCCCAUCUCCAUCCAUGGCUAAUUUAGGAAAGGGCCAAUUUUAGCUAGCUAGCCACCAGAGGACAACAACACAACUGUCAAUUACGUAUGCUGUCAAUGGGAUUUGAUAGGAGUGAUGCCAAAAUCCAAGCUGGCUUCCCUUGACACUUUGUUUUAUUUUUAUUGGUAAAUGUUUUGGGGGAGCCUGGCUUCCCUUGGCAUCCAUGAAUACACGCCACUGCCUUACUGCACAUCAUGGAAUUCUGAAUCAAAUAUAACCUAUUUUUAAAACCUCUUAUAAAGUUGGUUUUGUAGCAUAAACUGGUAAUUGCAUAUUUUUGACUGAUACUAUGAUUAUCCGUUUGUUUCAUAUCUGCAAAGUAGUUAAAACGCUGUCAGUUCCACUUUAAUGACUGAUGGAAACAUUGCCAUAAGCUGCCUCCAAUGUCGUUUUAGAGAAUUUGGCAGUAUGUCCAACUGGCCUCACAACCACAGACCACGUGUAAUCACACCAGCCCAGGACCUCCACAUCCGGCUUCUUCACCUGAGGGAUCAUCUGAGACCAGCCACCCGGACAGCUGAUGAAACUGUGGGUUUGCACAACUGAAUAAUUUUUGCACAAACUGUCAGAAACUGUCUCAGGGAAGCUCAUCUGCUUCCUCGUCGUCCUCACCAGGGUCUUGACCUGACUGCAGUUGGCAUCGUAACCGACUUCAGUGGGCAAAUGCUCACCUUCGAUGGCCACUGGAAUGCUGGAGAAGUGUGCUCUUCACGGAUUAAUCCCGGUUUCAACUGUACCGGGUAGAUGGCGUCUUGUGGGCGAGCGGUUUGCUGAUGUCAACGUUGUGAACAGAGUUCCCCAUGGUGGGGUUAUGGUAUGGGCAGGCAUAAGCAACGGACAACGAACACAAUUGCAUUUUAUCGAUGACAAUUUGAACGCACAGAGAUUCUGUGAUAAGAUCCUGAGGACCAUUGUCAUGCCAUUCAUCCGCCGCCAUCACCUCAUGUUUCAGCAUGAUAAUGCACGGCCCCAUGUCGCAAGGAUCUGCAAACAAUUUCUGGAAGCUGAACAUUUCCUAGUUCUUCCAUGGCCUGCAUACUCACCAGACAUGUCACCCACUGAGCAUGUUUGGGAUGCUCUGGAUCGAUGUGUGCGACAGCAUGUUCCAGUUCCUGCCAAUAUUCAGCAACUUCGCACAGCCAUUGAAGAUGAGUGGGACAACAUUCCACAGGCCACAAUCAACAGCCUGAUCAAUGCGAAGGAGAUGUGUCGCGCUGCAUGAGAUACUAGAUACUGACUAGUUUUCUGAUCCACAUCCCUACCUUUAAAAAAAAAAAAAGGUAUCUGUGACCAACAGAUGCAUAUCUGUAUUCCCAGUCAUGUGAAAUCCAUAGAUUAGGGCCUAAUGCAUUUAUUUCAAUUGAUUGAUUUCCUUAUAUGAACUGAUGUAACUCAGUAAAAUCGUUGAAAUUGUUGCAUUUUGCGUUUAUAUUUUUGUUCAGUGUAAAUGGAUUUUCUCCCAUGAACUUCUGUUCUGUGGAAAAUCAUUAUAUCGCUAUUUACUGCUACUAAUGAAGAGUGGCGCAAUAUAAACAGCCAAUCUCAUCUCUGGCCAUCAGUGCAUGUUAGUGUUGUCAAUUAAACAUUGUCUUAUAGCGCUUUCUCCCUCUUGUACAUUUUAGAUCUAUUUAUUUGUUCACCCUGUUGGAGAUCUGUUCAAGUAGAGAUGCCUUCUCAUUAGAUGUUACAUAUACAGUUGAAGUCGGAGGUUUACAUACACCUUAGCCAAAUACAUUUAAAGUCAGUUUUUCACAAUUCCUGACAUUUAAUCCUAGUAAAAAUUCCCAGUCUUAGGUCAGUUAGGAUCACCACUUUAUUUUAAGAAUGUGAAAUGUCAGAAUAAUAGUAGAGAGAAUGAUUUAGUUCAGCUUUUAUUUAUUUCUGUUUAUACUUGCGUACUAUUGUUUGUACAGAUGAACGUGUUACCUUCAGGCGUUUGGAAAUUGCUCCCAAGGAUGAACCAGACUUGUGGAGGUCUACAAUUAUUUUUCUGAGGUCUUGGCUGAUUUCUUUUCAUUUUCCCAUGAUGUCAAGCAAAGAGGCACUGAGUUUGAAGGUAGGCCUUGGAAUACAUCCACAGGUACACCUCCAAUUGACUCAAAUUAUGUCAAUUAGCCUAUCAGAAGCUUCUAAAGCCAUGACAUCAUUUUCUGGAAUUUUCCAAGCUGUUUAAAGGCACAGUCAACUUAGUGUAUGUAAACUUCUGACCCACUGGAAUUGUGAUACAGUGAAUUAUAAGUUAAAUAAUCUGUCUGUAAACAAUUGUUGGAAAGAUGACUUGUGUCAUGCACAAAGUAGAUGUUUUAACCGACUUGCCAAAACUAUAGUUUGUUAAAAAGAAAUUUGUGGAGUGGUUGAAAAACGAGUUCCGAAACCUUUCAUCAGAGAAGUAGCCUUAAGGAGGAUGUGGGAGGGCAUUCCUGGGGGAGACCUCAGCUGAAUUCCUGAUGUGUUGUUGUUGUUGUUGCUGCUACAAAUCCUUGACAGGCCCUGCCUGCUAAUAGAAAUGCAAUUGUAAUUCCCAACUGCUUCUGUGUGUUGUGAAAGAUGUCAGUGAAAGACAGUACUUUUCAUUUGUCUUCCCUCCAUCCAUACUUUCCUCAUGCACUUCAUCAUCCAACACUACAUUCUUAGUUUCAAGACAAACUGACCCCCUAGCAUACUUCAGCAGUUCAGACAGACCUCUUGAGAAGAUGUCAGGCAGAAGAUUAGUGUAGGUCAGAGCCCCUGUGUCAUCUGGCCCUCAUCACUGAAAAUGUUCCUCAGUGUGGUUGUCAGAGUUGGAGUACAUUGGGUGACGUCCCUCUGCUGUUGUUCCCUCCAGGGCUUUGUGACAGGUGGGAAGGACGGGGUGGUGGAGCUGUGGGACGACAUGUUUGAGAGGUGCCUAAAGACCUACGCCAUCAAGAGAGCAGCCCUCUCCCCGGGAUCUAAAGGUAGGAUAACACUCUCUGCCCUACAGUAACUGAAAGAGUCAACUAAAGUCUAUGACAGAUACAGAAACACUAUCUGAGAAGUGCUGUAAUUCUCUCUUGAAGGCACACACUGACCAUGUAAAGCACAUACUUGUAUCAGGAAGCAUAAUGUGUUUGAAAUUUGACCAUAAAUAUUCAAUAGAUACUGUAACCAUCAGUGACCACUGUUGCCAUCUCUUGGCCUCAUGUGGAAUUGCAGUUAUAUUUCGCAUGGAUAGGAUAUUACUUCUAUUUGCUGCUAUCGAUCUGGGAGGAUUUCCCAGCUACAGCUAUAGUAAGUCUUUACAGUGCUAUUUGUGUGUGUCCCCCAGGGCUACUCCUGGAGGACAACCCCUCAAUUCGUGCCAUAACUCUGGGACACGGACACAUCCUGGUGGGAACCAAGAACGGAGAAAUACUUGAAAUCGACAAGAGUGGACCCAUGACCUUGCUGGUCCAGGUGUGUGUGUGUGUGUGUGCAUACAGCUGAAAUACCUAGGGUCAUGUAUUUUUCCAAUUCUACUUGGUUUUCCCAGUUUGGUUUAGAGGAGACAUUUUUACAGCAGCAUCCUGCAGUGAAACAGCCUCAAGUGUUGUCUGUUCUCCACCUACUCAGGCUUCUGGAUUUGUUGGCUUCUUCCUUACUUCCUCUAUUCUCCACUCAGGGACUGCAGUCGGAAAUAAAUCUUUGCAUAUCUGAGGCAGGCUUCAACAGUUUGCCGCUUGGCUGGCUCCGAAAAGCUCUGUGUUCCCUCUGGAUUAUCCAGCCCAGUUGAUGAAUAGUUCAUAGCUUAUUAUCUCAAUACCUUCUUCUAUAUUACUGUCAAGCCUGUCAUGGUUUUCCUCGCCUGUGUGCACAAGGCUUGUGUAUGGCCUCUGUAUUAGUGAUGUGCAGUUUGCGAACCAUUCGUUUUACUGACUCGAGAGUCAUGAUUCGUUUUUUCGGAGUUACUCGUUCAUUUUAGUCAUUCGUUUGACCUGCUGGCCGCAAUUAAUUCUACAGCAGGGUUAAUACGCGUUCCUCUGGCUCAACGUCUCCGGAGACCUGCUCCGACCAACAACAAAAGAAUGGCUGCAAUGGAUAGCUGCUGUUUUACUGGCUCCUGACCUGCUAUUUUAUGUGUUUUUUUGCACUGAUCUUAACUUUCUUUGUGCAUAAUGUUUCUGCUAUUGUUUCCUAUGACUGAACAAAUAGAGCUUCUGGACAUCAGAGCAGCGAUCACUAACCUCGAUUUUGAUUUAUAUUUCUACUUCAACGAGUCAGCGGCGCAGGACAUACUGCUCACCAGGACCAGGCCCUAAUCCCAGAGACUCGGAAAAGGAAAAGACGGUGUAAGAGAGGCGAAUAAAUAAUCUGCCUCUACCUUCCGUUCUAUUGGCGAACGUACAACGACUGGAGAAUAAACUGGACGAGCUCCGUUCAAGACUAUCCUAUCAACGGGACCUGAAGAAAUGUAAUAUCCUAUGUUUCGUGGCUGAACAAGGACAUGGAUAAUAUACAUCUAGCUGGUUUUUCUAUGCAUCGUCAAGACUGUAUGGCAGCGUCGGGUAAGGUUAGGGGGGAGGGGGGAGUCUGUUAACGACAGCUGGUGCACAAUCUAUAAUAUUAAGGACAUCUCAAGGUUCUGCUCGCCUGAGUUAGAAUACCUCAUGAUAAGCUGUAGACUAUACUAUUUACCAAGAUAGUUUUCAUCUAUAUUUUUCGUAGCUGUCUAUUUACCACCGCAAACUGAUGCUGGCACUAAGACCGCACUCAACGAGCUGUAUAGGGCCAUAAGCAAACAAGAAGAUGCUCAUCCAGAGGCGGCACUCUUAGUGGCUGUGAUUUUAAUGCAGGGAAAGUGAAACGCAUGCAAAGAUCUCCUUCACCCGCCAUUUGGAAAAUCUGACCAUAACUCUAUCCUCCUGAUUUCUGCUUACAAGCAAAAACUCAAACAGGAAAGUACCAGUGACGAACUCAAUACAGAAGUGGUCCAAAGAAGCGGAUACUAAGCUACAGGACUGUUUCGCUAUCACAGACUGGAAUAUAUUCCUGGGUUCAUCCAAUGGCAUUGAGGACUAUGCCACAUCAGUCACCGGCUUCAUUAAUAAGUGCAUAGACGUCGCCCCACAGUGACUGUAAGUACUGUACAUAUCCCAACCAGAAGCCAUGGAUUACAGGCAACAUCCGCACUGAGCUAAAGGCUAGAGCUGCCACUUUCAAGGAGCGGGACACUAAUCUGGAUGCUUAUAAGAAAUCCCGCUAUGACCUCCGACGAGCCAUCAAACAGGCAAAGCGUCAAUACAGGACUAAGAUCGAAUCAUACUAAACCGGCUCUGACGCUCGUCGGAUGUGGCAGGGCUUGCAAACUAUCACAGAUUACAAAGGGAUACCUAGCCACGAGCUGCCAAGUGACACAAGCCUACCAGACGAGCUAAAUGCCUUCUAUGCUCGCUUUUCAGGCAAGCAACACUGAACCAUGCAUGAGAGAACCAGCUGUUCCGGACGACUGUGUGAUCACACUCUCCGUAGCCGAUGUGAGUAAGACCUUUAAACAGGUUAACAUUCACAAGGCCGCAGGGCAAGACGGAUUACCAGGACACAUACACAAUGCAUGCACUGACCAGCUGGCAAGUGUCUUCACUGACAUUUUCAACCUCUCCCUGACCCCAUCUGUAAUACCCACAUGUUUCAAGCAGACUACCAUAGUCCCUGUCCCCAAAAACGAGAAGGUAACCGGUCUAAAUGACUAUCGCCCCGUAGCACUCACAUCUGUAGCCAUGAAAUGCUUUGAAAGGCUGGUCAUAGCUCACAUCAACACCAUCAUCCCAGACACCCUGGACCCACUCCAAUUCUGGAGAAGAGGAACACCUAUGUGAGAAUGUUGUUCAUUGACAACAGUUCAGCGUUCAACACCAUAGUGCCGUCCAAGCUCAUCACUAAGCUAAGGACCCUGGGACUGAACACCUCCCUCUGCAACUUGGUCCUGGACUUCCUGACAGGCCGCCCCCAGUUGGUGAGGGUAGGCAACAACACAUCCGCCACGCUGACCCUUAACACGGGGGCCCCUCAGGGGAGCGUGCUUAGUCCCCUCCUGUACUCCCUGUUCACCCAUGACUGCAUGGCCACGCAAAACUCCAACACCAUCAUUUAAGUUUGCUGACGACAUGACGGUGGUACGCCUGAUCACCGAUGACAAUGAGACAGCCUAUAGGGAGGAGGUCAGAGACCUGGCAUUGAGGUGCCAGGACAACAACCUCUCCCUCAACGUCAGAAAGACAAAGGAGCUGAUUGUGGACUACAGGAAAUAGAGGGCCGAGCACGCCCCCAUUCACAUCGCGGGGCUGUAGUGGAGUGGGUCGAGAACUUCAAGUUCUUCUGUGUCCACAUCACUACGACCUGUCAUGGUCCACACACACCAACACAGUUGUGAAGAGGGCACGUCAACGCCUCAUGGGCCCUCAGAUCCUCAAAAAGUUAUACAGCUGCACCAUUGAGAGCAUCUUGACUGGUUGCAUCGCCGCUUGGUAUGGCAACUGCUUGGGAUCCAACCACAAGGCGCUACAGAGGAUAGUGCGUACGGCCCAGUAGAUCACUGGGGCCAAACUCCCUGCCAUCCAGGACCUAUAUACCAGGCGGUGUCAGAGGAAGCCCCUAAAAGACUCCAGCCAUCAAAGUCACAGACUGUUCUCUCUGCUACCGCACAGCAAGUGGUACCGAUGCACCAAGUCUGGAAGCAACAGAAAUACAGAACAGCUUCUACCCCCAAACCAGAAGACUGCUAAAUAGUUAGUUAAAUACUUAACCAUAUAACUAACUGGACUAUCUGCAUUGACUAACUUUUUGCACAAACCUUUUUGACUCAUCACAUACGCUGCUGCUACUGUUUACUAUCUGUCACUUUAUUCCUAGUUAUAUGUACAUAUCUACCUCAAUUACCUCGUACCCCUGCACAUCAACUCUGUACUGGUACCCUGUGUAUAUAGCCAAGUUAUCAUUACUCAUUGCGUAUUUAUUAUUACGUGUUUUACUUUUCUAUUUUUUCUCUAUUUUCUCUCUCUGCAUUGUUGUGAUGGGCCCGUAAGUAAGCAUUUCUCUGUUAGUCUACACCUGUUGUUUACGAAGCAUGUGACAAAGAAGAUUUGAUUUGAUUUGAACUGUCUGCAGGCAGCGUAGAGAAGAAAAAUACAUUUAGAGUUUAAAGUUUAGAACUGUUAAUUGAUCACAUGGUGCAAUAAUGAAUGCAAUCAAUUGAUUAUUAAAUGUUAUGAUGGACACAGCUUUGUAGAUGCAAAACAUACACACAGCCUCUGCUCAACAAACUCGAACUCAAUAACAAAUAAUUUGGGGGGCUGCCUGGGUGCUGCAGUUCGCGAACGACAUUCUGCUUAUCACCCUCACGGCAGUCAAGCAAUGCAUUCCGCCAAGAUCUCGUUCACAAUCUAGUCCAGUUGCGGCCACAUCUAGACUUUGUUUCAGAUGUAUCAAGAAAUAAUCGUAUUUGUAUGCCUAGCAAUCAACAAAUAUAUAUUGUUUAAAGCACACUUUUACAAGUCUCAGUCACAAAUGACAGCUUGUAGAAUCAUGACUCUUUUGAGUUUUAAGUUCGUUCGCCGGUAGGGGGUCCUGCAUGCUCUGGGCAUUACUGACUCAAAUGAAUGAAAUUAGUCUAAAUAUUUGUUAUUUUGACUGAACGAGUCGAAAAGAUCUGAUUCAGUAAAAAGAGCCGAACUUCCCAUCCCUGCUCUGUAGUGCUGGAUUGUAGAUGACAGUUACAGUAGUUUGUAUGAUGUUGUGUGUGUGUGUGUGUGUGUGUGUGGAUGUGUGCGUGAAUGAUUCCUUGCGUGCAUGUGUGUUUCUGACUGUCAGUGUAUCUCUGUGGUAGUUCCCUCCUAUGGCCCAACCCUUACAGCUCAGAGUCAGAGCCUCCCAGACUCCCUAGCGGCAGGUACCUGUGCUCUGUUGCCAUGGUGAACAGAGCUGAUAGGGAUGGGUUAUGAAGGAUCAGUAUGGACGUGUUGUUGGGUAACAUGACUGCAGCUAUCUGAGAUGCGAUCGAUUGGGCUUUUGUUUUGUCUCAAAAGUACCGUCUCUCACUCAAACUCCACGUCAAUAUGAGCACAAUGUAUUGUCCUGAGAAAAAUGGCGAGUGAUUUUGUGGGUGACCGGUGUGUAAAAUGGAUUAGGUGUAGGUCAAGGCAUGUAAACUGUGAUUGACUGACAGCUGUGUGUCCGUCUGUUGCUAUGGUUACAGGGUCACAUGGACGGCGAGGUGUGGGGUCUUGCUGCUCACCCCCUGCUCCCCAUAUGUGCCACAGUGAGUGACGACAAAACCCUGCGGAUAUGGGAGCUCUCCACCAACCACCGCAUGGUGGCCGUUCGCAAACUUAAAAAAGGUACUGCUGAAUGUUAUUAUCUUCAUCAACUAAUGAGUCAUUAACUCCCACGGUCAUCAACAAACAUAAGGCACUCCAGUGUCACCUUCUGUUUCUGUGUCUGUCAGUCUGUCUGUAUCUCCAUUUUGGAAGUGUAUAAGUGUGUGUGCGUUGUGUGUGUAUCAGGUGGAAGAUGCUGUGCCUUCUCCCCUGAUGGGAAAGCCUUAGCGGUGGGCCUCAAUGAUGGUAGUUUCCUGGUGGUGAACUCUGACACCCUGGAGGACCUGGUGUCCUUCCAUCACAGGAAGGAGUCCAUCUCUGACGUCAGGUUUUCACAAGGUAACCUUUGACCUUUGACAACUGACUGGAUCUCUUAUCAUUGAAAUGUCCAAUCAUUGUUGUUUGUAUUUCAUAACUCUUCUAAUAUGCAUAGUUAUUUUAUUAGUAAGAUUAAUUUGAGUUAUACUUUUCCUAAUAAAUGAAGUGAGGUUUCACAGAAUAGCAUUUUCGACCACAUGGCUGAGGUGGUCUAAGGCACUGCAUCGCAGUGCUAUCUGUGCCACUAGAGAUCCUGGUUCGAAUCCAGGCUCUGUCGUAGCCGGCCGCGACUGGGAGAUCCAUGGGGCGGCGCACAAUUGGCCCAGCGUCGUCCAGGGUAGGGGAGGGAAUGGCCGGCAGGGAUGUAGCUCAGUUGGUAGAGCAUGGCGUUUGCAACGCCAGGGUUGUGGGUUCGAUUCCCACGGGGGGCUAGUAUGAAAAUAAAACAAUAAAAACAAACAAAAACACAAUUUAUAAUGUAUGCACUCACUAACUGUGAGUCGCUCUGGAUAAGAGCGUCUGCUAAAUGACUAAAAUGUAAAUGUAAUGUGUUAAUUAUUGGUUCUAUGGUUUCCUCCUCAGAUGCUGGUAAAUACCUCGCUGUGGCCUCUCAUGAUAACUUUGUGGAUAUCUACAAUGUGCUGUCCAGCAAGAGGGUGGGAAUCUGCAAAGGAGCUUCCAGCUAUAUCACUCAUAUAGACUGGGACUCUCAUGGUGAGUUUAUGGUGUAAUUGGAAGCGGAGCCUGGAUUCCCAUUAGUAGUCUGUAGAUACAAGUUCUAUUUUGUCUUUUGGUUGAGAGAAAAUACUUUUUUUGUAGGUAAAUUGCUGCAAGUAAAUUCAGGUGACAAAGAGCAAUUAUUCUUCGAAGCCCCAAGAGGGAAGAGACAAACCAUACGAAAUUCUGAGGUAAGAGACCCAACUGAGAUUGCAAUUUUCUUGUAAUAUUUCUCAGCUAGCCAUCAAAUAUAAAUGGACACUCCAUAAAGCAUGAGGCAGUGUUUAACACACUGUGUGUGUGUGUGUGUGUGUGUGUGUGUGUGUGUGUGUGUGUGUGUGUUCAUGUUUCCGCCUGUCAGAUAGAGAAGAUGGAGUGGGCUACCUGGACGUGUGUCCUGGGUCCCACCUGUGAGGGGAUCUGGCCCACCCACAGUGACAUCACAGACGUCAAUGCCGCCUCGCUCACCAAAGACAAGAAGCUGCUCGCCACCGGAGAUGACUUUGGCUUCCUCAAGCUCUUCAGCUAUCCAGCCAGGGUGAGACACAGGCACUAGAUGUUCAGUUCAAUUUUACUCUCUUGAACAGAAAUGGAAUUGACCCCAAUGCUGGUACAUGACUCUGUUGUUGAUUCAAGUUGACUGUUGUCUCUUGGUUUUUCCUUGGCUCUGUCUGCUCCCUCCUCAGGGUCAGUAUGCCCGCUUCAAGAAGUACAUGGGUCACAGUGCCCAUGUAACCAAUGUGCGAUGGGGACAAGAUGAUGCCACGCUACUGACGCUCGGCGGAGCUGACACAGCACUGAUGAUCUGGGCCCUGGAGAGAACCGGAGAGGGUCACAGGGAGAACCCUGUGGACAGCGAGGAGUCAGACGAUGACAUCGAGGAGGACGGAGGUAAAGGCCAGCCUUUAGACUACUGAUCCAUACAGUACAGUAGAGUAGUACACAGUAGUACUCUAUAAACAUUCUUACAAUUCUCUCACAAUCUUCUCUCAGAACUCUCAUACAACAUUCUCAACAAACACAUACAAAGCUAUCCUGAUCAAAUCCUACUUUUCACAAACUGCUCUAAUUGGCUGAGUCUAUUCCUGUGGGCGUGUCUGUAGGGUAUGACAGUGAUGUGGCGAGGGAGAAGAGCAUUGACUACACCACUAAGAUCUAUGCUGUCAGCAUCCGGGACAUGUGUGGCAUCAAACCCCACCAGCAACUGAAGGAGGUGUCGGCAGAGGAAAGGUACACACCCAUGCCAGCUUCUGUUUUUGGACUGGUUGUUGUCACUCAAAGUGAUAGAGCUUAAACAUUAGAGAGUGUCUUGGCUCCUGACCGUUGUGUUGAGUGUGUAGAUUUAAAACAAUUAAAAAAGUCUGAAGCAGUGGCAAUUAAAAAAACUGGCAAGUUUUAUCUGUUGUGUUAGGCCUCAAAAGACUGUAUUAACGUCUUGAUCCUAAUCAGGCUGCCAUCAGCAGCCAACACCAUGAUUAUCUCUAAUUAUAAACUGGGUUGUUCGAGCCCUGAAAGCUGAUUGGCUGAUAGCUGUGGUAUAUCAGACCGUAUACAAUGGGUAUGAUGAAACGUGUUUUUACUGCUCUAAUUACAUUGGUAACCAGUUUAUAAUAGCAAUAAGGCACCUCUGGGGUUUAUGGUAUAUGGUCAAUAUACCACAGCUAAGGGCUGUGUCCAGGCACUCUGCGUUGCGUCGUAUAUAUUGGCCAUAUACCACACCUCCUCGGGCCUUAUUGCUUAAAGGAAUGCUUAUAGAGCCCUCUGGUGUCAGAAACUGAAACUGCACCUGUCUUUUUUGUCACUUGAUACAUCUUUAGUUACCUCCUACCUAUCAAUACACAUCUGUUGUUUGAGGAUAAUUGACAUCUACUGUAUUUAUCCUUUUGUAAAGCCUCAUAGGUGGUCAUUGUAGGGUUGACAUGGAUAUAGAGUUUGGUCUUGCUUUUUAUGAUACAGAGUGAGUUGACUUUUUAGUGCUUAGCUGACAACAUUUACAGAGUAAGGGAAGGCUGCUGGGGUGUUUUUUCAUGUUAGGCUAUUUCAAAUGGAGUAUGAGGCCUGAUUUAAUCAUUUGAUAUACAUUAUAGACUACUCUUUACCUAGCUGUACUACUUGCCCAAAAAAUUCAUUACAAAAAGAGACAUUAUUCUAUGCUCAUAUAAAGAUCUUUAUCACCAUUUCCAUGUUAUGUCUUUCUGCACUGUAUGAGUGUAUGUGUGUCCUCUUUCUCCAAUACUCUCUCUAUAUUAGUCAGCUCUGUUGCUAUGAUACGAUGGUUUGUCCUGGGUUGUGGGUGUAGCCCGUUGAUAUUGUUUGCUGUGUGCAUGUUUUAUGUGUGGUCCAUCUAUCUGUGGAUUGUUGGAUGUACGUGUUUGGGAAGUAAUCUAUGUGGUGUUACAGUAUGAGAUUGCAUGUGCUUGUAUUUGUGGCUUGUGGAGGAAUCUUGUUAAGUAUUGCAAAAUGUUAUGUGCAUGUAUAGCAGGUGUGCUCUCUGGCGCUUCUGUGCGAUAUCUGUUGCUAUGAAACUGAUAUGUGGUGUAUACUUAUACAGUAUCAUUGGUAUGAUCUCAGUUGCUUUGAGACUGUGUAGAGUAUAUAUACUGUGUGUGUGUGUGUGGUAUGUACAAUAAGUAGAAGUAUUGUUGUGAAAAAUCCAAUGCAGUAUACACUUUGCAUGAUUUACAAUUAAAUUGUAUCAUUAUUUUAAUUUGUGUCCACCUCAUUUAGUAAUUUGCAUGUUUGCACAGUACUAACCCCAUUAAGCAGUACUGUAGCUAGAUAUCCUCUCUAUAGCCACCAAUAAACAGUGACUGCAUAUAAUGAUAUGCAGUUACUACAAACCCUGAUAUUAUAGCUAACAGGGUCAAUCGUUGCUACACCAUUAGAGUUGAGUGUUCAGUAUUGCGCUCCUAGUCCUUGAUGAAUGUAGUAACAGACUGUAUACUCUGGGGUUAGUCAGCUCCAUGGUACCAUGCUGAUUUGUACCCUCAACCAUACCAUCUCUGAUCCCCAUGACUCUGGGGCCCACUUCUGUCUGCAGAAACACCUAAUAUCUCUAUUGUGUUUUAACUUGCAUUCCUUUGGAGGCAGGGCAUUGUCAAGUAAGUAUGACCUAAUGCAAACAUUCUGCGCUAGCUAUGGGAUGUGGAUGUGGGUGGCAUUUCCAUACAUUAAGCCCUGUUUAUACCUGGUGCUAUCAAGUGUCCUUUGUCCUGAUCUUGUCCACAUUCUGAUUGUGCCCACAUUUUUAGACUGGUGUAGACGAUUAAAAGACGCAUUGUGAUCUGAUUGCAAUCAGACAAGAGCAGGACGAAGGAAGCAGGUUAGAAGCAGGUUUAUAAACAGGGCUUUAGAUGUGCAGGACAAGGAUAGUAGUAGAGUGGGCAGAAGAUAGAAUAUCUAAUAUUCAAUAGAGUAUGGUGUUGUUAUUUUAAUCCAGGGAUUUCAACAGAAUGGGGGAAGAAAUCUGUGUUUAUUAUUCCUUUUUAACCUACGUACCUAUAAUUUUAUCCAAAUGUGUUUAUUUAUUCAUUUAUGUCCUAUAAUGGUACUACAGGAGGCAGGUCUGAAAAAUGUAUUUUCUAGUCAUCUAUUUAUUUGGACUAUGGGCAUAAUCUCCCAUUUCCUAUGCGUCUUAAUAUCACUCAGCAUGCUCAAACUGCUCAAAUUCUGAGCAACAUGAAGUUAUGGGAAUUGCAUGAGUAACACAUUUUAUUUUCGGAUUCUCAUUUUUGUGUCAUUUGUAUCACAAUAAUGUAUUUUGUUAUUUGGGUGCAGAGAGCACUCAGAGUACAGUAAUGAUCUACCAAGUGAUGCUGGAGGAGACCUUUCUUUCUUUCUGUUUCUGUCUCUCCCCCUCUCUUUUCCUCACUCCCUCUUGUGGUGCCCCAGACAUCGCAGGACCUUGUUUUCCCAUAACCCCUUGGGUGAUGAGAUAGAGGCACUGACACAUUUCUCUCUCCCUGUGCCCCUCCUCCUCCCACCCUCUCAUAGGAGCUCUAUUGUACAGUUUGCACAGGGACCCCAGGGUAUGACUCCCUCCCCUUAUUGCUCUUUAGACUGGGACACUCUCAUUCCACACCUCUCCUCUGAGCAGUCUCUCUCUCUUUCUGGCAUGCUGACAGUAUGCUAACAGUCAGAGCAUGGUUUGCAGCAGGCAGGAAUGAUGGGCUAAUAGCUCUCCAGGUUGCUUGUUGCAUGAGCCUUAUAGCUAUACUGUAGUAUAGUGAGUCCCCUCGGACUCCGACCUGUGUCCUCUAAACCUCUCACUUGGUUCUGUCCACUGCUCUCAAGGGGAUCCAGGUAAAGUGAGCUACUUGUGUCUAUCACACUGUGUGUACACUGUGGCUCCAGGUCCAAGUGUGUCUCUGUUUCUCUGUGAUGCUCUGUUGUUCUGUAUGUUUGUCCUGCAUGGUGACAGUCGGCUCAUCUCGUUCCCAUCUGAUCAGAACUGCAUCUUUGCAUCCAGACUUCAGAGUUUCACACCCUGUCACCAUCCAUGGGGGCGGAUCAUCUUUUCAUCUGCUUUUUCCUGUUCAGAGACAUGGACUUAGACAACGUCCCAGACUCCCAGUUCAUGUCACUGUAGGAUCAUACAAUCCUCAGCAUGAAAAAUGUUGCUAUCAGUCCGCAGGAGUUAGUUACUACACUUGUACAGAUAUUCAAUCUGUGGUGUUGUGUGGCAACACUACACUCUGAUAUGCUGAUUGAACUCAUUUCAGAGCACGUAGACACCGUCACCAACAAUAUUGUUAAAACAUAUGGGGAAGAGGGAGUCUGAUUGCAGAAUGAAACAGGAGAAAGUAAAUGAUGGAAAUAUUAGCUCCCUGCCAUGCAAGAUCAUCCAGACAAUGCUUAUAAAGUGCUGUUCAGACAAACAGAGAAGAACGGUAGUGUCUGUCAGCUGUAAGGAGUGUAAACUACGUAUGUAUGUAUGUGAUCACAGCUAUCACCUUUGGGCUAUAGUGCUUUACCAGUGACCUGGAACCUUGUCUUGCGCAACCGUAUGACACGGUUGUAGUUAUACAAGGCAAUUGCGUGACGAGACCCCUGGUGGCAUGUCUUGUGGGGUAUGCAUGGGUGUCUGAGCUGUGUGCUAGUCAUUUGAACAGACAGCUCGGUGGUUUAAACAUGUCAAUACCUCUUGGCAGCAGCUAAUGGGGAUCCUUAAUAAAUAAAUAAAUGCACAUGGUGGUAGUGCUGUAUAACUAAUCCUUCUGCUUCGUCAUUGCACUGUUCAAUAUCCUGUGGGAUUUUAACCUCAAGGUCUACUUUAAUAUGUGUUUCUCUGUUAACUUGUAGACUCUCUCUGUCUGUGUGUGUGUGCGCACGGGAGCAUGUACAGAUUUCCAUGAACCUUUGACAGCCUAGGUUUAUGAGCAAUAACUUAUAUUCUUCCUCUAAUGGCCCUGUGUUUUUGUGUCAGCUAUCAAUAGUAUUGAUAUAAGUCAGAUGUUUAACAAGAUCAGUCUGUUAAACCCUGAGUGUGACCAUGGACCUCAGGUCUAAGCAAGGCCACAUCACUGUGGUAACCAACACCAUCUAGGAAAUCUAAUUUUACAACACAUCCAGUGGAAUUCCACUCACCUUAAAGGCCCAGUGCAGUCAUUUUAGUGUAGGAGCUGUUUGAAUAGACCGCCUGAAUUUUUAGCCUGUUGUUUUGGCCUGCCAGGUGACAUCACCAGUUGGUAAAUUAGUUCAUAGACCAAUAAGAAAGAGUUCCAAACCUCUCUGCCAGUAACAGCUAGUUUUCCCCUCCCCGCUCAGACCACUCCCAGACAGUCCUAGCAAAAUUCUUACUUGAGAAAUUGGUCUUUGCUAAGAAGCGAUUUUUGUUUCUUUUAUAAUUAUUUUAUUGAAAACAAUCACAGUAAGGUACUUAAUUGUUACCCAGAAAUGAUUUGAUAUUGAGAUAGAAAUGGCUGCAUUGGACCUUUUUAGUAGUUUUAUUUAAUUUUAUAGUGAUAGAUUUUGAUGAGGGGGGAGACCGAGAGAGGUAAAUACAGGGAAAGCCUCACUGAGAGGCAGAUGUGCAGAUGUGCUGCAGGCGGCAGUGUAGAGCUCCUAGACUGAGUGAGUGGAAUUUCAUUCUGUGGCUCAUUGCCAUACAUGUUAAAUGUAACCUCAGCCAACUGGUGUAAUGUGUCAUUAUUGGUGUAAUCCUUAUGUGAAAGUUGACGCUUGUUGACGUUGUGAAUGUGAUGUGUCACCUUGAUGGAAUGUGUGUGUGCGCAGUGGCUGGCCAAAAUUCAUAAAUGUGGAAAAUGUAAUGGGACAAUUUCAUUUGAUGUAUGCAAUUUAUUCCAUUAUAUGUAGCACUGAAUUGUGUAGUAUCUAUAGACGUACAGUGUCAUAAGGCACACUGAAUGUUUGUGUAUUUAUAAACAGUAAGGCCUAUUAUGAGAAUGAACAAGCAAUGAUAUACUGUAGAAAGGCUUGACAAUGUUUCUAUUCAGAGUGAUAUGACUGAUUGCAGCUGUUGCUCAAGUUGCAGUUUACUCCAUAGGUCAAUUCUUUCUCACGCGCUCUCUUUUAUAUUUCUUCCUCUCUUUGUUUCUAGCUACCUCAUGUCAGACUAGACAGACUCUUUAUAACUUGGCCUAAUCUACCCUUUAUGUGGCAUUGCUGUGUCCUAUAAUUAAAUUAUUCUGAGAAAACAUGACUUUGGUUUUUUGAAGUUCUGUGUUAAACUGUCCAAUAUAUCAGCUGUGUGAGGCAGUAGUACCUAUUUACUCUCUGCAGGCCUCCUGUUAGCCGAGCUGCUCCCCAACCAGAGAAGCUGCAGAAGAACAACAUCACCAAAAAGAAGAAGCUUGUUGAGGUUUGUCUCACAGUGGUGUUAAAGUCAACUGAAUAACUCUGAUGAUGUCAUACUCAACCCUAUUUUACAUGUUCAUGUUACAUUUUCACUGUUUGUUAUGAACCAGUGUUGGUUCAGUUUGGUGCGCUGCGGGAUGUGAUUGGUCAGUGAUGUGUGUACUUUCAGGACCUGGUGCUGGACCACGUGUUUGGGUUCAGGGGCUUUGAUUGUCGCAACAACCUUCACUACCUCAACGACGGCGCCGACAUUGUCUUCCACACAGCAGCCACGGCCAUGGUGCACAGCCUUACCACCGGUACAGCUACAUGUUCACACUUUUGGAUACCAUACUCAACAUUAACUUCAGGGCUUGUGAUAUAUAGGAAUGUACAUGAUAAGAUUAACUCUGUGUUUAAUGCUAUUUCUCCUCAGGGACUCAGAGUUUCUACUUGGAACAUACAGAUGACAUUCUCUGUUUGACCGUCAAUCAACAUCCAAAAUACAAAAAUGUAAUCGCUACAGGACAGAUUGGUAUGUACUUUACUGCAGUGAAUGAACGUGUUUAAUUUUAUUGUGAUUGUGAUUGUGUUUAUAUGUAUUUUGCAUGUACUUGUAUGUACUUAUUCAUAGCAUUCGUGCAUGGGCUGAGUGUGUGCAUAUGAGACAAAGGGCUAGAUAUUGAAUGCUUUAUCAUCUUUGCAUUUUUCUGGGCCAUUUUUGGUGACCGGUUCAGUCUGCAUUGCCACAUUUUCAUUUUGAUUGGUGCUAGAAUUAGUUGUAUUGGUGCUUUAUAUCAUAAUGUCCUCAGCAGCAUCUGAAAAGGCACUCACUUUAGAUUUCAUUUGUUAUUUUGCUGCCUCAUUUCCCAUCGCUCACACACCACAGGUGAAGUGACAGACCUACCAGGUAAAACGCCUUCCAGAUUGCCCCUUGUACUGAUGUGUUCUACAGUUUUACCCUAUAGGUUUACCCUCUUCUUGCUGUUCUCCUGCAGUUUUCCCAGUGGCCUGUCCUGUGUUUUCUAUCCUUAGCUUGUCCAGUAAUUAUCCCUCUGUAUUGUUCCAUAUUGAUUCAACCUAUACUCUGCCGAGACAUUCUAUCUACUACAGCCAAUUAUUUGCCCUUUAUUGCUCCAUGCUGUAUCCCUGUAUACUUGAUCAGAGUAUGAUGUUUUUCUCUGUACUGCAGGCACCACCCCAUCCAUCCACGUGUGGGACGCCAUGAGUAAACAGACACUGUCCAUCCUGCGCUGCUCUCACACUAAGGGGGUUGGCUACGUCAACUUCAGCGCCACAGGCAAGCUGCUGCUCUCUGUGGGGGUGGAGCCUGAACACACCAUCACUGUGUGGCGCUGGCAGGAAGGUGAGACAUUCUGACCCUGGUAAUAUACACUGAGAUGGUGGUAGGCUACAGGUUAGAUUGGUCCGUAAUAAGUGCAUUUGUGUGAUAGCUAAUCAUAACAAUGUUGUUAGAUAUCACUCAGUAACUGUAAAUAGCAGGUCUUAGAAUUGUGCUUGUGUGUGUGUUCCCCUGUCCAGGUGCUAAAGUGACCAGUAAAGGAGGCCAUCCAGACAGGAUCUUCGUAGUGGAGUUCCGGCCAGACUCUGACUCUCAGUUUGUGUCUGUUGGGAUCAAACACAUCAAGUUCUGGAUGCUGGCUGGAGGCUCUCUCAUGUAUAAGAAGGGAGUGGUGGGCUCAGUGGAGGACGGCAGGAUGCAGACCAUGCUGUCUGUGGCCUUCGGUGCUGUGAGUAUUGACAGAAUUUUUGACUAAACUCUUUCAUCUACCCUAAUGGAUUGGAUUUACCCUAGACUAAUUGGCUAAUGUAAUCAACCAUGUUUUCUGUGAUUCAUUUGAGGUCAAUUAAAAAGUAGAUUUUAAGUUUCGUGAUCCUGACCUGUGUGGUUUCUCUUCCUCCAGAAUAACCUAACAUUCACAGGUGCCAUAAACGGGGAUGUGUACGUGUGGAGAGAUCACUUCCUGCUUCGUGUCGUGGCUAAAGCCCACACCGGGCCAGUGUUCACUAUGUACACCACACUGAGAGACGGCCUCAUCGUCACAGGGGGCAAGGAAAGGCCGUGAGUAGCGCACUGCUGCACGACCACUGAUGAUCCACUCAAUGAUCCUCUUUUAGCACUAAUCUCCCUGAGACUAACACCAUUCGUUAUCAAACCAAAAUAACAACACACAAUAGCCCCAAAAUCACAUCUGGAAUUCCACUGGCUAACACUCUAUAUCCUCUUGUGUCCAUGAUGAUGAUGAUGAUACAUUCAGUGGCGUGUCCAGAACAUUUUGAAUGGGGUGGCCAAGGUGGGGCACAGACCCAGUUUAAGGUUUAGGGAUUGAAUGGGAAUCAAUUGUGUGUCCCCACAAGGUUAGUAAAACAAGACUGUGUGUGUGUGUACGUGUACGUGUGUGUACAGUACAAAGGAGGGCGGUGCAGUGAAACUAUGGGACCAGGAGAUGAAACGUUGCCGAGCGUUCCAGCUAGAGACGGGACAGACCGUUGAGUGUGUGAGAUCUGUCUGUCGAGGCAAGGUGAGUUCAGCAUAGCCAGCACACACCCCAGUGGGAGAAGACUAUAAGCAAGCCUACAGCAAAUCUUAAACCUGAAAAUAACUCCCUGGAAGUUCCCUUAAUAAAUAUACUGUACAGUAGCUAACUAUAUUAUUUUAAAAAACAGAAUUUUAUUGUAUUUUCAUUUCAUAUCAUAUAAACCAUUUUAGGUACCUUCUCUGCUGCAGCUACACAUAUCUUCUCAUUGGAUAGACUGAUGAUUAGACAUUAGAUUACACUUGGUUUUGUGUCAGAAUUUUUUGGCCUUUAUAACUGCACAAUCUAUUUGGUGCUCUUUCAUACACUCUUGCUCCUUGUUUAUUUUCACUGCACUGCAACAGAACAUACAUUUUGUUACAGAGUUGGGAUAUUCAUGGUCAGAGAAGGUAAUGAUGCAGCGAAUAAAAUCACUUAGUUUUUCAAUCCAAAAUAGAUAGCUGAGUCAUUUGUUUGGAAAUGGAUUUGUUGGCAUUCUUCCCAUAGUGUAGCAACCUUCAGUAGCUCAUAGCCUACCCAGCAGCUUUAGCCACCUUUACAGUAGUAGUAUGGGAGAUGUGACAUGUUGUUUGAACCAGUCUUUCACGUGAAGUUUUUAAGUUCAUAGCUCUUAUUUUACGUCUUUAGCUUCAACUAGGGUUUUGGUCAAAAACAGUAACCUUCUUGUGUGCCUGUCUACCAGGGUAAGAUAUUGGUAGGCACAAAGGAUGGUGAAAUCAUUGAGGUGGGGGAGAAGAACGCUGCGUCCAACAUCCUGAUCAACGGUCACAUGCAGGGCGAGAUCUGGGGCCUGGCCACCCACCCCUCUAAAGAUCUGUUCAUCUCUGCCAGCGACGACGGAACCAUCCGCAUAUGGGACCUGGCCGACAAGGUACAGCACAGAGAAAUACUAUGGUCUGCUGAGUGAAGUUGCAUUUGCAUUUACAUUGAAUGUCUUUCAUCAUUUAUUGCAGAAACAACUUUUUUGAAUCUCAAAUUACAGUUUAUUUGUGUUCUUGGUUUCCUUUGCACCUGUAUUUAGUUAGCCUUUGAAUGGCCACAUACCAUCCUAUGUCUCAUGUUUUGUUGUCUACAACCCUGCUGUCUGUUUCCCUGAUAGAAACUGCUGAACAAAGUGAGCCUGGGCCACCCAGCCAAGUGUGCCAGCUACAGUCCUGAUGGGGAGAUGGUGUCUGUGGGCAUGAAGAAUGGGGAGUUCAUCAUCCUCCUCACCAACUCACUAAAGAUGUGGGGCAAGAAACGAGACCGCAGUGCUGCCAUACAGGACAUCAGGCAAGAACUGAGGAGACAUAGGAGCUACCUGGAGCUAGGCUCUUGCACUUUGCCUAGACUCAUGUCUAUUUCCUGGCUCAACCCUAACCCUCAACCAGAUACCUAACCCUAGCUUCAUGUCCACAUCCCGGUUCAACCCUAACCCUCAACGGCAAACCUACUGUAACCCUAACCCUAGUUUCAUGUCGACAUCCCAUUUCCAUCCUAACCCUAGCUUAAUGUCCACAUCCAUGUUCAAACCUAGCCUCAACCACAACCCUGACCACGCUUAACCCUAACCUCAACCACAACAUUAAUUAACCCUAUCUUCAUGUCCACAUCCCAGUUCAACCUUAACCCUAGCAUCAGCCACAACCCUGAUUUGGCAUAACCCUAAACUUAAUCUUGGCAUAACUCGAACCAUAGCCUUAUGUUUAACCCUGGCUCAACCCAAAUAUGACCCCCCCCCCCCCCCCCCCCCCCCGAAUUCCCAAUUUAACCCUUGGUUACAACCAAGAAAAAAACUAAGCAAAAUGAAAGGGAUGUUUCAAACUCUGAUUUCACUAAAAAGGGGAAGUAAACUCAUUUGAAAUUACAUUGGUUCAGUGACCUUUGAACUCUGAGGAUGUCUGUGUGGUCCAAUGUCAUAUAUAUAUAUAUUAUGUCUAUUGUGUGACCCUCUCAGGUUCAGUCCAGACAAACACCUCCUGGCAGUGGGCUCAGUGGAGAGUACGGUUGACCUGUACGACCUUACCUUGGGCCCCUCGCUCAACCGUGUGGGCUACUGUAAGGACAUCUCCAGCUUUGUUAUCCAGAUGGACUUCUCUGCAGACAGCAUGUUCAUUGAGGUAUGCCACACUGACCGUGAUGGUUUAAAAACAGGCUGAAUAUGAGAAUUCAUUCUAGAGCUGUUGUUGUUAAAUAAACGAUAAACACUACAUAUUUCCUAAAACCACACAAAAUAGAUAGUGGAAUGAGGUAAAUGUUAUUUUGCUGUCAAGGUCAUUAUGUUUGAAUGGUAAAAAACAACAAUAUUUUAUUAGAUUAUUGUGGAAACCUUUUUGGGCACCAAUUGAGCUAAAUCUACAACCCUAUUGUAGAUCUGUGCUUGUGUUUUUAAUACAGCACUCUUAACCAUUUGAUCAUGUUGCACAGUGCGUUCUCACCAUGAUGGACACGCAUAUAUCCAUUUCAAAGCAUGCUGAGAGUGUAAAAACCUAUAUUUAGACACACACAUGUAUGGCAGGAAGGUCAUAAUCAUUUAUAGCCAAGUCCCCUUCUAGUUAAAGGUGCUACACAUAGGAUUCUUUAGAAUUUUUAGAUUGUAAUUUUUGAAAAUAUCCAUUAUAUAUCUGCCGCAAAUAGUGGAAUGAUAGUGUUUUCACAGUAUUACUUACCCGCUAGUGUUGAGAUUGGCUGUGAUAUUCACCUAUUGACUUCUCCUGCCAGAGCAGCAUCUGUUGUCAAACGGAAAGCUGUUCUGACCUUGUGGCUUUGUUAUCUAAUGAAAUCGCUCAUUUCCUGGUUGCAGAAAUUCUACUGUUUUCUCACAUGAAUAGUGUAGGGAAUCAUUGUACCAUCUAAAUCGCUGUGAAAUAUAUUUUCAAUAACAGAAUAUCGUUUUUACAGCUGUUUGAAGCUGAUGGACCAAAACGGCUGUUUGAGGCUGGUGGACCAAAACCGGAAAUAACUUUUGUUUUGGUUCACCAGCUUCUAAUAGCUGUAAAAACGAUAUUUUUUGUUAUUGAAAAUAUAUUUCACAGCGAUUUAGAUUGUACGAUGAUUCCCUAAACUAUUCAGUGCUUGUUUUCUCAUACAAACUGAAAUUGAGCGAACAGUGUAGAAUUUUAGCAACCAGGAAUUGACAAGAGCUAUUUCCACUAGAUAACACAGCCACAAAGUCAGAACCGCUUUCCCACUUUGACACUAGAUGCCGCUCCGGCGGGAUAAAUCAAUGUGCGAAUAUCACAGCCAAUCACAACACUGGCGAGUAAGUAAUACUGUGAAACACUAUCAUUCAACUAUUAGCAGCAGAUAUAUUAUGGACAUUUUCUGAAAAACUUUUUUUUUUUUUUUAAGACAAAAACCUGUGAGUAGCACCUCUAACAGUAGUCUGGAGCUGCUCUAGAGUAACCUCACAGGCUUCAGUAUGCUACAAAGUAACCCUAUCUGAGGUAUUUCUAUAGACUCAGACCCAUUCCUUGCUGUUAUGGAGACCCUUGCACCUUUUCAGAAAUGUUGAUGUGACUGGCACAUGGUCAGAAACAGGGUAAGAUGGUGACUUGGCCUUCUAAAUUUAACCUGACCUCAGCGUACAAUUACAAAUGUGUCUGUGGCUUGAAGGGACAGAGGGAGGACACAGAAGGGGAGGGACCAGUAUAGUUGGCCAAGGUCCUUCCAGUCCAUUUGAAGUUAUAUAAUGGACUAAGCUCAUUACGAUUUGAUUGGUUUUCGACAAUGUGGCAGUGUCCCUGAACGAUUUUAUUCACAGUAAACCCUGCAUAUAUCGGCUCAAUCGUAAUUGCCUUUAAAAGCCGCAUUGUCGACAAACCACGUCUGAUUGAAUCACAGCCUAAAUCCAUGUUUUGGUUGAUCUAAAGCAUGAAAUAGUAAUGAGGCUUCUAUGUCUUGAACAAAUUUGUAUAUGGAAAAUUGUCAUUUCAUUUUUUUCAUUCCUAGCUGUGCAGACUGAGCUGUGCAGACAGUGCUGGUAGAUAGAUGACUGAUGGAUUUUAGACAGUUAUAAUAUGAUGACCUCUGAUAGAGGUUGUGUGCAUACGCAUGACUGUGUGUUCUGACGUGUCACUGGCUGUGUGUCUACAGGUGUCCUCAGGAAACUAUAAGCGCCAGGUGCAUGAGAUGCCUUCUGGGAAAAUUGUGACAGAACAGACUGUGAUUGACAGGAUCACCUGGGCCACCUGGACCAGGUAGAAUGAUUAGUUGUAGUCACUGGAAUUCAAUCAAACCCACAUUCUCUCUAAAAUCAAAACUGAGAUCAAUAUUCAGUAAAGAAUGCAAGCACUGCACGGUAACACUAUUGAGAUAUUGCGUCAACAACGGGAGCUACACAUAACAGCUCACUCUGGUAAGGACAUUGCAAAAUGGCAAUGCAAGCCAAAGCAAUACAAAUACAUUGCUGGUUCAAUUUGUUUGAGCUUUAGGCUAGUUGAAGCCAUCUUGGCACGUUUGUGUACAGAUGUUUAGUGGGCAUACCCAGACAUGUUGUUUUGUAGUUGUGUUUGGGUGUCUGUUAUUGAUCAAUGGAAUAAUAGAGGUCAAUCAAUACUUCCUGCAGCACAGCUGUCACUGUCCACUUCUCAUGAAUAGACCCCAAACUCCCUCUAACAUCAGUCUUCCCAAGGUUAAUGGGUUAAAAACACAGAUUUGCAUAUAGGCAGUAGCAUACUUAUUAGGCAGCCUGGACUCAGAGCCAUACGAAACAUACUUAUUUCUGAGCACUUCCAAGACGUAUAAUAUCUACUAAUGGGUUAGUUACUUUAGACGGAAACAAAAGUAGGGAGGUUGGUCAGAGAGGAUGGGUGGGAGUAAUCCGUGACCGUCUAGCAAUCCAAAGGUUAUGCGUUCGAGUCGCGUCGGGGACAACUGUAGCAUUUUAGCUAACCCUUCCCCUAACCCUUAUUCUAAACUUAACCCAAUUCACCUAACAUGCUACGUAAAUUCUAACAUUUUAUGGAAAUUAUCCUAACCUUUGCUCCACUCCCUCAUUUCUACUCAGUAUCCUGGGAGAUGAGGUGCUGGGUAUCUGGCCACGGAAUGCUGAUAAGGCUGACGUCAACUGUGCCUGUGUCUCCCACGCCGGACUCAAUGUGGUCACCGGGGACGACUUUGGGCUGGUCAAGCUCUUUGACUUCCCCUGCACUGAGAAAUUUGUGAGUGCUUCACUUCCUCUCAACAAUAUCACUGUGAUAUACACUGCUCAAAAAAAUUAAGGGAACACUAAAAUAACACAUCCUAGAUCUGAAUGAAUGAAAUAAUCUUAUUAAAUACUUUUUUCUUUACAUAGUUGAAUGUGCUGACAACAAAAUCACACAAAAAGUAUCAAUGGAAAUCAAAUGUAUCAACCCAUGGAGGUCUGGAUUUGGAGUCACCCUCAAAAUUAAAGUGGAAAACCACACUACAGGCUGAUCCAACUUUGAUGUAAUGUCCUUAAAACAAGUCAAAAUGAGGCUCAGUAGUGUGUGUGGCCUCCACGUGCCUGUAUGACCUCCCUACAACGCCUGGGCAUGCUCCUGAUGAGGUGGCGGAUGGUCUCCUGAGGGAUCUCCUCCCAGACCUGGACUAAAGCAUCCGCCAACUCCUGGACAGUCUGUGGUGCAACGUGGCGUUGGUGGAUGGAGCGAGACAUGAUGUCCCAGAUGUGCUCAAUUGGAUUCAGGUCUGGGGAACGGGCGGGCCAGUCUAUAGCAUCAAUGCCUUCCUCUUGCAGGAACUUCUGACACACUCCAGCCACAUGAGGUCUAGCAUUGUCUUGCAUUAGGAAGAACCCAGGGCCAACCGCACCAGCAUAUGGUCUCACAAGGGGUCUGAGGAUCUCAUCUCGGUACCUAAUGGCAGUCAGGCUACCUCUGGCGAGCACAUGGAGGGCUGUGCGGCCCCCCCAAAGAAAUGCCACCCCACACCAUGACUGACCCACCGCCAAACCGGUCAUGCUGGAGGAUGUUGCAGGCAGCAGAAAGUUCUCCACAGCGUCUCCAGACUCUGUCACGUCUGUCACGUGCUCAGUGUGAACCUGCUUUCAUCUGUGAAGAGCACAGGGCGCCAGUGGCGAAUUUGCCAAUCUUGGUGUUCUCUGGCAAAUGCCAAACGUCCUGCACGGUGUUGGGCUGUAAGCACAACCCCCACCUGUGGACGUCGGGCCCUCAUACCACCCUCAUGGAGUCUGUUUCUGACCGUUUGAGCAGACACAUGCACAUUUGUGGCCUGCUGGAGGUCAUUUUGCAGGGCUCUGGCAGUGCUCCUCCUGCUCCUCCUUGCACAAAGGCGGAGGUAGCGGUCCUGCUGCUGGGUUGUUGCCCUCCUACGGCCUCCUCCACGUCUCCUGAUGUACUGGCCUGUCUCCUGGUAGCGCCUCCAUGCUCUGGACACUACGCUGACAGACACAGCAAACCUUCUUGCCACAGCUCGCAUUGAUGUGCCAUCCUGGAUGAGCUGCACUACCUGAGCCACUUGUGUGGGUUGUAGACUCCGUCUCAUGCUACCACUAGACUGAAAGCACCGCCAGCAUUCAAAAGUGACCAAAACAUCAGCCAGGAAGCAUAGGAACUGAGAAGUGGUCUUUGGUCACCACCUGCAAAACCAGUCCUUUAUUGGGGGUGUCUUGCUAAUUGCCUAUAAUUUCCACCUGUUGUCUAUUCCAUUUGCACAACAGCAUGUGAAAUUUAUUGUCAAUCAGUGUUGCUUCCUAAGUGGACAGUUUGAUUUCACAGAAGUGUGAUUGACUUGGAGUUACAUUGUGUUGUUUAAGUGUUCCCUUAAUUUUUUUGAGCAGUGUAUUUUAAAGAUACAGUGGGGAAAAAAAGUAUUUAGUCAGCCACCAAUUGUGCAAGUUCUCCCACUUAAAAAGAUGAGAGAGGCCUGUAAUUUUCAUCAUAGGUACACGUCAACUAUGACAGACAAAAUGAGAAGAAAAAAAAUCCAGAAAAUCACAUUGUAGGAUUUUUAAUGAAUUUAUUUGCAAAUUAUGGUGGAAAAUAAGUAUUUGGUCAAUAACAUUCCUCCAUGCCCAUUCCUCCAUGCAGAUCUCCUCUAGAGCAGUGAUGUUUUGGGGCUGUCGCUGGGCAACACGGACUUUCAACUCCCUCCAAAGAUUUUCUAUGGGGUUGAGAUCUGGAGACUGGCUAGGCCACUCCAGGACCUUGAAAUGCUUCUUAUGAAGCCACUCUUUGUUGCUCGGGCGGUGUGUUUGGGAUCAUUGUCAUGCUGAAAGACCCAGCCACGUUUCAUCUUCAAUGCCCUUGCUGAUGGAAGGAGGUUUUCACUCAAAUCUCACGAUACAUGGCCCCAUUCGUCCUGGUCCCUUUGCAGAAAAACAGCCCCAAAGCAUGAUGUUUCCACCCCCAUGCUUCACAGUAGGUAUGGUGUUCUUUGGAUGCAACUCACCAUUCUUUGUCCUCCAAACACGACGAGUUGAGUUUUUACCAAAAAGUUCUAUUUUGGUUUCAUCUGACCAUAUGACAUUCUCCCAAUCCUCUUCUGGAUCAUCCAAAUGCACUCUAGCAAACUUCAGACGGGCCUGGACAUGUACUGGCUUAAGCAGGGGGACACGUCUGGCACUGCAGGAUUUGAGUCCCUGGCGGCGUAGUGUGUUACUGAUGGUAGGCUUUGUUACUUUGGUCCCAGCUCUCUGCAGGUCAUUCACUAGGUUCCCCCGUGUGGUUCUGGGAUUUUUGCUCAACGUUCUUGUGAUCAUUUUGACCCCACGGGGUGAGAUCUUGCAUGGAGCCCCAGAUCGAGGGAGAUUAUCAGUGGUCUUGUAUGUCUUCCAUUUCCUAAUAAUUGCUCCCACAGUUGAUUUCUUCAAACCAAUCUGCUUACCUAUUGCAGAUUCAGUCUUCCCAGCCUGGUGCAGGUCUACAAUUUUGUUUCUGGUGUCCUUUGACAGCACUUUGGUCUUGGCCAUAGUGGAGUUUGGAGUGUGACUGUUUGAGGUUGUGGACCGGUGUCUUUUAUACUGAUAACAAGUUCAAACAGGUGCCAUUAAUACAGGUAACGAGUGGAGGACAGGGUAGCCUCUUAAAGAAGAAGUUACAGGUCUGUGAGAGCCAGAAAUUUUGCUUGUUUGUAGGUGACCAAAUACUUAUUUUCCACCAUAAUUUGCAAAUACAUUCAUAAAAAAUCCUACAAUGUGAUUUUCUGGAAAAAAAAAUCUCAAUUUGUCUGUCAUAGUUGACGUGUACCUAUGAUGAAAAUUACAGGCCUCUCUCAUCUUUUUAAGUGGGAGAACUUGCACAAUUGGUGGCUGACUAAAUACUUUUUUCCCCCACUCUAUGUAGUUACUGAAUCCAUAGAACAGACAUUGUUGGCUGUGGCUGCUCCAAAUGUUUUGAAUACUUAUUUUGAUCCUCUGCAGGCCAAACACAAGCGUUACUUUGGGCACUCGGCACACGUGACCAACAUUCGCUUCUCCUAUGAUGAUAAAUAUGUGAUCAGCACUGGAGGAGAUGACUGCAGGUAUAUAGAGCUUGUGUUACAAGGCUUAAGCACAUUAAUUACGUUAUAGAUACUCUACAAUGAGUAGAAGCAUUAAAAAGUGAUUUCAGACAGGUCUGAUUCAGAGUUUUGAUUUUCUGUUUUACUGACUGCUGUAUUGUCUUCCUCUUUUUCAGUGUCUUUGUGUGGAAAUGCCUAUAA